AUGUCUGCCCCAAACCUGCCACUUCAGGAAAACACAGACGUUUCCUGUUGCAGUGUAAUGGUGAUCAUUGAAAGCCCUUUGCAUUGUAGCCUGUGGGGAGACAUCCAGUAACUCACCUCAUUCAUCAUUUAGAGAAGCAACCACCUGGGAUAUACUGGGAUACCAUGAUACAACAACACGCAUGCACGCACACACACACACACACCACAGCUCUGUGGCUCUUCCAUCUUGAAGAGCUGAUAAUUUCAGACCAAAUCGGUCUAAUGUGUUACCUAGACAACCACUCUCCACAUUCUCAGGACGCCAAAUCGUGAUCUGGUUGGUUGAUUAGGUUGUUGAUGUCAUAGCAGAGGUGCCAGACAGUGGGAGUCAUAUCUUCCUGAUACUUCCUGGAUUUGGGCUUCCAGGAAGUCACAAAGUCAAAGACCAGGGAGGGAGGAUUGUGGGUAUUUUUGAGAAGUUUCUAGACUGCUAGAGCUGCCGUGGUUGUAAUACUGUAUUUGUGAAAUGCAUGUACUAUGUGGGCGAGGGAAGGGAUACAUCUAUGGGGAAGUUGUUACCUGCUGUGUUAUUGUGUCUCUGUGUCUAAAUAGGACCUGAAGCUACGCGAGCUGCUGGACGUGAGCACCCUGGUGGGGAAGAUGGAGAACAGGAUGCUGACGGUGGUGAGCGGACCAGACAUGGUCAACAUCACAUACCUCAACUUCAUGGCCUUCCAGGAGGAGAUCGCCAAGGUAAAUACACAUUAAUAACAUUUUAAAUGUUUUGUCAUUUAGCAGACGCUCUUAUCCAGAGUGACUUACAGUUUAGUGAGUGCAUACAUUUUCAUACUGAAAAUAAUAAUAACACAUCUAUGAAACAUGAAUAAGUUAUUUAGUACACAUAAAUAAUGGCUUUAUUAAACAUGAAUAAAGGAUGUAUUAUGGGUUUAAUUGAUUUUGUUGAUAUUCAUUUGACCAGAUAUGGUCGACAAAAUUUAGUCAUAUUCGGAGGUCGGCCAACACUUAAAUGAAGAUAUUAUAAAUAAGGGCUGUAUCAAGUGCUUAUUGCUAAUUAAUGAAUAACUAAGCUAUUUCAGUCCAUGAAGUGUGAGUUAUUUAAGCUUGUUAGACUUACACUGAACACAUCAUUCCUCCAGUGUGUAAUUAUAAGGUCUGGUGUGUGGGUGGCUAGUUUGCACCUCCAAUAGAUACUUCCGGCUAUGUUUCUUCCCUCUGACAGUGUGUGUGUGUGUGUGUGUGUGUGUGUGUGUUCUUCCGGUACAGGAGUGGGCAGAAGAGUUGUUUGGCCUGGCGUCUAACCUAUUGGCCCAGAAUAUGUCCAGAGAAGCAUGCCUGGAGAAAGCGUAAGUCCCUGGACACAUCACACACACACACACAUACACUGAGAGGUAGCAGUGCUUUUCACAUCCAUCAGAGUCCUUCUGAUAGGCUGCAGGGUGGAGGGCCACUCUACCCCGCUUCACAUCGCUUCACAAUACUUACAUCCUGAGAGAGAGAGAGAGAGAGAGAGAGAGAGAGAGAGAGAGAGAGAGAGAGAGAGAGAGAGAGAGAGAGAGAGAGAGAGGUGGAAGGAAUAAUGGGGAGAGAGAGGAAGAGAGAGAGGGAAAGUGGGGAGAGAGAGGAAGAGAGAGAGUGAAAGUGGGGGAGAGAGUGAGGGUGAGAUGGAGGAAAGCUGGAUAAGAGAGAGUGGAGGAAAUGGAAAGGGCUGCAGACGACAUGUAUCACUUUUUAUGACAACAUCUACACUCACUCACCACACACACACACAGACACACACAAACAUGCAUACACACACGCAUACACACACAUACUUGCGCACAUUCACACACAUUCACCUCCACAUCCACACACUCUCACACACAUAUAGACCGUUGACUGUGUUGUGACUCCUCCCUCGGUUCCUCUUAGCAACUCAUUAUCAUCUCGCUGUCUCUCUCUCUCUCUCUGUCCCCUCACUCUCUCUCUCUCUCUCUCUCUCUCUCUGUCUCUCUCUCUCUCUCUCUCUCUCUCUUUUCCCUCUCUCUCCCUCUCUCUAUUUCUCCAUCUCUCUCAUUUACUCUCUCUGUUUCCUUCUUCCCCUGUAAUAGCCUUGUUUUUAGAUACCAAUCAGAAUUGGUAACCAUGAUGUACAAAAUAAUGAUAUCCGUAUUGAUAUGUAAUAAAGAUAUGUUAUUAUGUACUAUUUAAACUAUGCAAACUAUGGAUUCACACACACACACACACACACACACACACACACACACACACAUACAUUAAACUGCUGUGUUCUGUCCUGUCCUGUUCUGUCCUGUUAUGUUGUUGUCACGUCUCCUCCCAUUGCUCCCCUCCGGCGCUCUGAUUCGCCGGUCUACUGAGCCACCGGUCUGAGCGCACCACCUCGGCAACAUCGGAAUGGAAACCCAACUCACCCUAAACACCUCCAGCGCACCUGCACCUCAUCAUCUCAUCACCACCCCUAUUUAGCCCUGGACUGUUCUGGAUGAUGUUGUGUGUGAUUGUUAAGCUUCGUGUCGUUUACUCUAUCUUUGUUAUUUCUCUUGCUCAUUGUUUAGUAAACCUUGACCUUGUUAAUUCCUGUGUCUGCGUCCUGCCUCUUCGUAUACUCAGUACUCGUCACAGAAUCACACACCAAACGAAAAUGGAUGCAGCAGGAGUUUCCCAGCGCCUCGACCAGCACCAGCAGCAGCUUGCCCAGUUGAACGCCGCCAUGCAGGAAGGGCUCCAAACUCUGCAUAAUCUGCUCAGCACUCCGGUUCCACCUCAGGGAGCGGCGAGUGCCCCCAAUCCACCUGUUCCCGUGCUAUCACCCACUUCUGCGGGAACCCUCGCCCUACCGGAGCGCUAUGACGGUAAAACUACUCAAUGUAGUGGCUUCCUGCUACAGGUUUCACUUUAUCUGGUGCGUCAGCCUUGGGCAUAUCCAUCUGACCAAGCCAGGAUAGCGCUGGUGAUUUCGCUACUUAAAGGAAAGGCACUGGAUUGGGCCAUGGCAGUCUGGGAAGGAGAGGAGGCAGUGGCACUACCCUACCCCACCUUCCUCGCUCGUUUCAGGGCGGUGUUUGAUCAUCCCACGGAGGGAAAGGACGGGGGUGAGCGUCUCCUCCAUCUACAACAGAGAGAGGGGUCCGAGUACGCUCUGAGCUUUCGCACGGUGGCGGCGUUUUCCGUCUGGAAUGAGCGUGCUCUGCGCACGGCCUUCAGGAGAGGCUUACGGGAGGACAUCAAGACGGAACUCGCAUUUUGGAAUGACGAGAUGGACCUUGAUACCCUCAUCACCACGUCCAUCCGUCUUGACGACAUGUUGAGAGAUAGACAGCGUUCCCAACACCUCCCGGAGCCUCGACGCUCACCCCAUCUGAGCUAUGGAAGCCGCCAUGCUUCCGAGUCCUCCCCCGUGGAGGUGGGCAGCACCCCCUACACCACUACGGACCACAGAUCUCCUGGCGGCUCGCCGCUCUGUGAGUGUUACGUCAUCUCCUAUCACAAAACCAUUGUUUUUAGUUCCCAUAACGGUGUCUGGUUAUUCCUUCUCUUCCAUUUCUACUGCUAUGAUAGAUUCCGGAUCAGCGGGGAACCUUAUAGAUAGGGAGCUGGUCUCUGAAUGGGGGUUGCGCACCGUGCCACUGCCAUCUCCGCUACACAUCACCUCACUGGACAAUAAACCCCUUGGAUCAGGCACCAUUACGCACGUCACUCUCCCCAUCAUCAUCACCAACCACACCAUCAAUUGGAGCACCUAGAGGAUCACAGCCUGGUCUACCUCAUGCCGAAAGACCUGCCUUCCGGUGGUUUGUUGUUCCACGUCAGUGGAGAGUCCGGAGUCCGCCCUCCAGCCCAACAUUCCACGUGAGUACGCAGAUCUCUCCGAUGUCUUCUCUUCAUUAAAGGCUACGUGUCUCCCUCCUCACAGCAGAAUGUGAAGGCCGACGCACUCUCCAGGAUGCACCAUACCGGAGAAAGGAAGGAUCUGGGGGGUCCUAUCCUGCCCUCGUCUCUCAUCGUUGCACCUGUCAUUUGUGAUGUGGAUGAAGACAUCCGCCUGGCGGCUCAUGAGGACCCAGCACCUGCCAACGCCUCUCCGGGGCGCAUGUAUGUACCCACCAGUGUCCGUGACCGCCUGCUGAUCUGGGCACACACUACCCUUACGGCAGGGCACUCUGGUAUUACGCGCACCCUGCAUUCUCUAGCCCCAAAAUACUGGUGGCCCACCUUGGCUUCUGAUGUCUCCCGCUAUGUCAACUCCUGUUCCGUAUGUGCCCAAACGAAGACACCUCGGAACGCCCCGGCAGGCAAACUAGUUCCCCUCCCAGUGCCUCAGCGACCUUGGUCACACCUGUCCAUAGACUUUGUCACCGACCUUCCAUGUUCUGACGGCUUCACCACAGUCAUGGUGGUCGUAGAUCGGUUCUCCAAAUCAUGCCGUUUUUUUGCCACUAACUGGUCUUCCUUCUGCUCUCCAGGUCGCUGAGGUCCUGUUCCAACAGGUCUUCCGGCAUUAUAGACUUCCGGAGGACAUUGUCUCGGACCGUGGCCCCCAAUUCACCUCCCGAGCGUGGAAGGCUUUCCUGGAGAAGUUCGGGGCCAUGGCCAGCUUCACUUCCGGGUAUAGGCCUCAGUCGAAUGGGCAGGUGGAGCGCAUGGACCAGGAGCUGGGGAGGUUUCUUCGUUGCCACUGUCAGGACCGGCAGGGUGAGUGGGCGAGGUUUCUUCCCUGGGCAGAAUAUGCCCAGAACUCCCUCAUUCACUCCUCCACAGGGCUCACUCCCUUCCAGUGCGUCCUGGGGUACCAGCCGGCCCUGGCCCCUUGGACACCCAGCCAGACCGAUGCGCUCGCUGUCGACGAGUGGUUCAACAGGGCCGGACAGGUCUGGGACGACGCCCAUGUCCAUCUCCAGAGGGCCAGUCGUCGGCAGAAGGACCAAGCCGAUCGCCACCACAGUGAGGCCCCUGUAUUCCAGCCUAGGGAUCGUGUCUGGCUGUCCACAAAAAACCUCCCUCUCUGCCUGCCCUGCAAGAAACUGAGCCCCCGGUUUGUGGAGCCAUUUAAGAUCCUCCGGCAGAUAAAUGAGGUAUCAUACCGGCUGCUCCUUCCCCCUCACUACCGUGUCUCACCCACUUUUCAUGUGUCUCUCCUCAGGCCAGUGGUUCCUGGUCCUCUGGCGGAUGCCGUCCCCCGGGGUAUGCCUCCUCCACCCCUGGACAUUGACAGGAGUCCAGCGUAUGCGGUGAGGGACCUGCUGGACUCCAGGUUCCGUGGGGGACGGCUCCAUUAUCUGGUGGACUGGGAGGGGUUUGGUCCUGAGGAGAGGAGCUGGGUUCCGGCUGGGGACGUUCUGGACCCCAACCUAAUUCGGGACUUCCACCGUCGCCGCCCUGACCGGCCCGCUCCUCGUUCUCAGGGUCGUCCUCCUGGCCGACGACGUCCAGCGGCUGGAGCCACGCGUCCGAGGGGGUGGGUACUGUCACGUCUCCUUCCGUUGCUCCCCUCCGGCGCUCUGAUUCGCCGGUCUACUGAGCCAACGGUCUGAACGCACCACCUCAGCAACACCGGAAUGGAAACCUAACGCCCCCUAAUCACCUCCAGCGCACCUGCACCUCAUCAUCUCAUCACCACCCCUAUUUAGCCCUGGACUGUUCUGUAUGAUGUUGUGUGUGAUUGUUUAGCUUCGUGUCGUUUACUCAAUCUUUGUUAUUUCUCUUAGUCAUUGUUAAGUAAACCUUGACCUUGUUAAUUCCUGCGUCUGCGUCCUGCCUCUUCGUAUACUUAGUACUCGUCAGUGUUGUGCCAUACUGACCAUCUAGUGAAUGCUUGUCCAUAGAGCUGAAAAGAAAAGCUCCAGCCUCUCAGUAAGACCCAGCACCACAUAAUUUACUUUGACCAAAAUAAACUAAGUCCCCUUACACACACACACACGUGCGCACACACGCGCACAUACACACACACACACUAAAUAAAUCCAGCUAGUCCACUUUUUGAAGAGAGACAGUUUGUUUGAUGAAACAUAGGUUAUUGUUAUUGGACCAGGCUCCUCUCCUCAGUAGGAACCGGUCCUGGUAAACAGCCGGUGGCCUUUCCUGUAAACUCUGACGUUAGCAGUUUUACUCCUGCAGUGAAAAUAGCUUUGCCUUAUCUGGAAAAUAAACAUCUCAGGCUGGCACAGGCUAGACCAGCAUUCUUCAGUCCUUGUCAUAGGGACCCACAGGAUGUGCAGGCUUUAGUUCCAGCCCUGUACUAACACACCUAUUUUAGCUAAUUAACUUCUCAUCAAGACCUUGAUUAGUUUUAAACAGGAGAAGGGCUUACCAAGAAACACUUCCAAAAGGACUCAUUCAAGGUAGAAAGGAGUUGGAGCACUCAACCAAAAAAAGCAGAGAUUGAUUUAUUUUAGCUCACUUUAAUCCAUUGUACAGGAUGCAGACAGGUGACUGACGUCUUCCACAGAGUGACCUGACCAUUGCACUUACGUAGCUCCUAUUUAUAGCCUAGUGGCCCAUUGAGAUGCAACAAUGUAAAACAAUUAUAAUGAUAUGUUUCAAGGUAAAUGGCAAAUUCUAGCACAAAAUAAUACUAAUAAUAAGAGAAAUGGUGUGUCUCGUUAAUCAAUAGGCCAUGUCAAAAUAUACUGUACAUAGGUGAUAUUUGGGUGUCUGUGAAUCCGGAGACACAGAGACCCAAAAAAUCAAGGCCACAACAUUAUAGAAACAAGGGAUAAUCAUUGUUUAGCCCCUUAGGAUCCACAGUGCCUACGAAGUACUGCCAGAAUGCCUCUCUUUGUUUUAGUUUAUGUACGAUGUCACCUCCUCUUGGUAAAAUGUGGACAUGUUCUAUGGCUACAAAGUGCAGGGAGGAAUAACAUAGUCCAUGUUUUAUCAUGUUUUAUUACUAAUAGCAACCUUAUGUUCUGCGAUGUGGAGUUUCAAUGCUCGUUUAGUUUGAACAAUAUAAGCAGCCCAGCAGAUGCAUUUGAGCAUGUACAUGACAUCUAUGGUGCAACAAUGAAUGAAGCUUUGGAUUUUGUAUUCUUGACCUGUUCUCAGGUGGUAAAAAACGUUAGUAUUGGUCGUAUUGUCACAAUGUACACAGUGGCCACACUUGUAAUUGCCAUUGGGCGGGCCUGGGAGCCGAGUGUCACACUUCUUGGUUAGCUGCAUGCUGUGCGUGACGGAAUCGUCUAAAUUGCACACACGGCAAAAACAAAUGCGAGGGGGCAAUGUUGUGAACUCUCGUAGAUUUUGAUCACUUUUGAGGAUGUUCCAGUGUUUCAAUACAAUGGAUUUGACGCAACCAGCACAUGAGCUGUACUCUGUGGAAAAACACAAACGUGGGGGCGUUUUGUCCUGGUUUCUAUUAGUGCCAGUGAGUAGGCUUUGACGUUCAGUCUCUCUAGCACGGGUAUAGGCCUGUUCAAUGACACCCUUAUCAUACCCUCGUUGCAGGAACCUGGUGGGCAUAUCAUUAGCGUUGCACUCAAACUCUAUGUGUCUGUACUACAGCCAGAGUCUUGGGCUACAUCCAGCUUACACCUGGCCAAUUCAGGUGUGCUUUUCAUUUUCCUCAGUCUCUAAAAGUGUAGCAAGAAGGCCAUUUCUAAAAGAGAAAGGGGUGGUUGUUAAUAUGCCAUUUCGCAGACGCUUUUAUCCAAAGCGACUUACAGUCAUGUGUGCAUACAUUUUUAUGUAUGGGUGGUCCCCGGGUUCGAACCCACUACCCUGGCGUUACAAGCGCCAUGCUCUACCAAUUGAGCUACAGAGGCCCCGUUAACCAUUAGUGGCUUGACUUUGGACCUACCCGUCAUCUGGCACUGGAGCCACUGAGAGAGAGGUGGACGCUAUAAUGACCAUUAAUUAUUAGCGAGAGCCACUUAGGGGCCAGGGCAUAAUGCCUGCUUCUGUUACACCUUGCCUAGUAGAGAGAGAGAGAGAGAGAGAGAGAGAGAGAGAGAGAGAGAGAGAGAGAGAGAGAGCGAGAGAGAGGGGGGAUGAUAGACGAGAGAGAGAGAGUAGAGAGAGAGAGGAGAGAUAUAGAGCUAGAGAGAGCUCCUCGCGACGCUCGCUUCGCUCUCUCUCUCGCUCCCUCUCUCUCUCUCAUCAGAGAGGAGAGAGCUCUCUCUUCUAGAGAGGUCUCCAGACUAUAUAUGGCACACAGAGAUCUGUGACUGGCUACACCGCCAACACAUCGCUUCCUCUGAUUAGUGGAGUGCAGCUCGGUAAAAUGUAAACACACAGACCUAUGCAAUCACUCACUGUGUUCCACACAUACACUCACCACACACACACUCACACUCUUUUUAUAACGUACUGUAUAUGGAUCUUUCUAUAAACAAGGGUACCGGGGAGGACUACCUACGCUGGACAGUUGUUACAGCUGUCGAUAAAUCAUUGAUAAUAAUCUGCCAAUAUUCUUCAUGUCAUUACAUUAAGAUAUAAGGGGGGAUCAUAGCUAUAUUCAAUAAAAUUCACAAGUUGAUUUAAAACCUAUGUUUUCUCAUGGUUGGUGUCUUGACGGAUUUGUCCAAUUAUAUUGUGUGACAUAAAACAUGACUUUUCUGUCCUUGCAUUUAUGGCAGUGUAAACUGUUGUUAUAUCAUAUAUUAAACAUUAAUCAAUUAAAUUAGACAUUGAACUUGAAUCCUGUAAGAAUCCUGGAUCUAGCUGUCGGACAGGUUUUUGUAUAGAGAUCUCAGAAAUGCAGUGUACCUACGUAACAUUUUGUGUCUCCUUAUGUUAUGGGGUGAAAACAGUUUUCAUGGGCACACAAAUCCCCAACAAAUUACAUAACCUAGUGGGCUUCUUCACAAUAUGGUAUGGUAAUGAAAUAAAAUGACAAAUACAUUUUGGUUAUACCUGCAAUUUUAAACAGUACAAGGGGCUUGAAGUAGCCUACUUGAACUUGAAUUUGGAGCUCAGAAAUUCAACUACUGAAAUAGGCCUACCUUGAAAAUCAAAUGUCCUCAAUUUGUUGCUUGCAAAGUCCUUGUAAUUAUUGUAUCCAAUUUAUAAGUUCUCCUGCUCCCUUAUAAUUAUCCGUGAUUUCAUUUUUGAUCCGUUUUUGUGAGAGAUGUGGCCACUUUCGUUUGCUUCCCGCCACCUCAGUUGAAGUUGAAGGGUGUUGCGUUACUCUGUUGCGGUUAUUAUAAGGACCACAAUAUCUAAUGCUGGCUUCAACUUGGCUUUGCAUACAAAUCCUUCCAUUACAAAAGAAACCUGUUUUUUGUUCGCUUUCUCAUUAUAAAAAUAUAGAUGGUGAGAUUAAUGGUACUGCUAUUCAUGACUUUAUUAUGUGUGCCUGCGUUGGCCACAUAGGCUACAGAAAAAUCGGCAGGCAUGCAUGAAAUGUAUUUAUUCAGGCAAGUCCACAUUAUUCUCACAGAUUUUAGAAUGUACUCAUAAUUUGAAUAUCAAUGCAUUGGCAAGGCCUAAAAAAAUGCAUUAUUCUUAAAAUGGUAAUGGCCUACUUUUUUGACACUUUUUGCUUUUUGGGGGGGUUGGUUCUAUGUUAGGCCCUAUAUGUACAAUUAUAUAAAUUAUACAAUUGUAUAAUAUUGAGGUCCUUAAAAAAUUACAAUUAAUUGCCUGAAAAAGUCCCUAAAAGUCCUUGAAUUCGACUUGUUAAUGUCUUUAUGAACCAUGCUUAAAGGAUGUAUCGUCCUAGGCCUAUGUUGUUGUAUAGGUGGAGUUAUGGGUCAAUUUGCAUAUAUUCCUCUAAGUACACAUGUGGAACUGGAUAAAAAUCGUUUUUAUUUUUGUUUCAAACCAUUUUGAAAUGUUGAUCCCAAUUUCACACAUUGGCCCCAUUAUUUAUUUAAAGGCCCAUAUCUAAUCUGUCAUGUCCUCUAUCCUACAGAUACACACGACUGAAGCUACAGCUCAACUCUGAGGGAUGCAUCCCUGUCAAGAAGUAAGUCUCUCUCUCUCUUUUGCUUUUUCUCUCUUUUUCUCUCUUUCUCUCUCUCUUCUCUCUCUCUCUCUCUCUCUCUCUUUCUCUCUUUCUCACUCUCACCCUCUCUCUCUCUGAAGAUAUGAGGAGACAGAUCAACCCUAUCUCCAUCUCUCUUCCUUUAUAUCUUGCUCCCUUUACCCCGCUCUCACUUUGUGUCUCUCUGUCUACCUACAGUAUCAUCUCCUCUAUCCCUCUCUCCUCCUUUGGAGGGCACAUCUGUCUGUCUGUGUCUGUCUGUCUGUCCUUGCUGUGUCUUAGUGGAGAUGGGUGCAGUGCUCCCUCCAUCUCUCUCUCCAUCCGUCUCUCCUCUCCCUCUUCUAUCUCUCCCUCCAUCUCUACUCCUCCUCUCUGUCUAUCUGCUCAGUCUGAGUGGAGACAGUAGUCAGCAGGGAACUCUGAGCACGAUCACCCCAGACUAGUAGUGUAGUGGAAAGCAGUGGAAAGCCCCUGUGAUAACCUCACUCAGAACUAUAAUGGCAAACACUGAGUGUCAACAGGGAGAGAGAGGGGUGUGUGUGUGGGAGAGAGAGGGUAGAGAGAGGGAGAGAGAGAAACUGAGAUAGAGUGAGAGUGUGAGAGAGAGAGAGAGAGAGAGAGAGAGAGAGAGAGAGAUCGCAGUGCGUCUCGCGCCUCGCUCUCCUCCUCUCGCUCUUCGCCUCUCCUCAUCUCCCCUCUUGCUACUCCUCUUUUUAGGGUAUUAGCUUCAUGGUUAAGCACAAUGCAGUCUUAUGUCAGCUUGACUUUCAAUCCUAAUAAAGAUUUAUGUGCUUAUGGAUCAUCACCGCCACACCUCUCCACACAAAGAUUACGGAGGAGGAAAGUCAAACAUUAACAUUUAAUGGCUCUACUUUUUACUCUAUUUGCCGCAAGAAGGAAGUAGAAUCAGGAAGUUGGCUUGACAUAUUUCUCUGGGUAUUAUAGAUAAUGAAUGGAUGCCUUUAUCUGCUGGGUUAUUGAUGGUUCUGUGGUGUGUGUAACAUAUGGAUGGUUCUGUGGUGUGUGUGACAUUAUAUGGAUGGUUCUGGGGUUUGUGUGAGGCUGAAUAAAAGGGUGUAUAUGAUGUUGUAUUAAUGCUUCUCCAAUGUGUGUAAGGCUAUAUGAAAAGAUUCUCCAUUGUCUAUGAUGUUGUUAAUAAUGCUUAUCUGGUAUGUGUAUGAUGUGUAAUGCUGCCUGUAUGAAUGGUUCUGCAGAGGUUCCCCAACUGGCAGCCUGCGGGUCCAAUUUGGCCUGCGGGUGGUUUUAUUUGGCCCCCCAAGUUUUCAGAUUUUUUUUUUACAUUUGUAAAUUUUUCUAUUUUCAUUGUUGGACUUGUACGACUGUAAAAACACCAGGAAAUCAGCUCCAAGUGAUUUUAAUUUUGGGAAUCUGUUCCCAAGGAUUCCCACGCAUAAUAGAGAGGCACAUGUGAUUGUAUACAAAUGUAAGAAAGGUUUGUAAUUAUUGUUUUAGUCAAAUAUUAUAUCUGUUUAGGCUUCUUGCGGUCAAUUUGCAGUCUACAAAUUACUUGUAAUUAUGUUCCGGCCCGUGGCUGAAUCUAGUUGAUGAUCCCUGCUGUAUAGAGUGUUUGAUGCUGUAUCAAUGUUCCUGAGGUGUGUGUGUGUGUGUGUGUGAUGAUGUAACCGUUGUUUCGUCAGUAUCUUCAGGAUGUUCUCAGCAGACAGGAAACGAGUGGAGACAGCUCUGGAGAACUGCAACCUCCCUUCUGGACGGGUAAGAAGCUCUCUCUAUCAUUUUAUCACUCUUCCUCUGCCGAUCUAUCCCUGUUUCCAGGUCUGUUCAUCUCCAUUCAUCAUUUAUAUGCUAUCUUUUUUAAAUUCUCAAGCUAUCAACCUCCUCUCUCUCUCUCUCUCUCUCUCUCUCUCUCUCUCUAUCUCUCUCUCUCUCUCUCUCUCUCUCUCGCUCUCUCUCUCUCUCUCUCUCUCUCUCCUAUUCUCUCUCUCUCUCUCUCUCUCUCUCUCUCUCCUCUCUCCUCUCUCUGUUUCUCACGCCUCUCCUGCUCUCUGGCUCUACUCUCUAUCUGUCGCGCUGAGCCGUGUGUUGUUUCUUCUUCGUUUUUGUGUCUGGGUAUAGUCUAGUUUUGUAUUUCUAUGUUGGCCAGGGUGGCUCCCAAUCAGAGACGGCUGUAGCUCGUUAUCUCUGAUUGGGAGCCAUACUUAGGUAGCCGUUUGGCAUUCAUUUGGUGUGGUUUCUUGUUCCGUGUUGGUUUGUGUAUGUAACCAAGGACGUCACGUUAUCGUUUUUUGUUUUGUUCGUGUGAUCAUUAUUUAAAUAAAUAUGUUCGCAUUCCACGCUGCGCCUUGGUCCUCCUCCUUCGACGAUCGUGACAGAAGAAACCACCAAAACUGGACCAAGCAGCGUGUCCAGGAGCCAUCGCCAGGGGAAUCUCUAGCGGAUCUCCUGUUCCACCUCGACUGGGUCAAGCCGUGUGAGGAGGAGAGAGGCUGGAGUUGGAAGCAGAAGAGCGAGAGUUGGGCGAGAACUAUGGAGGCCUGGUCCACGGGGAGGAAAGACUCCCAGAAAAUUUUUAGGGGGGGGGCUCACGCCGUGGACGACGGGGCAGCAGGAGGCCGCGAUAGAGCGGUUAGUAGAGGAGGCCGCCAGGUUACGGGGGCCACUGGUCACAAAAGGGGAGGAAAGUGUAGAGGCACGGCGAGAGGUACUGGGGUGUGUUACCAGUCCGGUCCGGCCCGUUCCUGAUCCUGAUCCCCGCGUAGGGCCAGUGGUGUGUGUCCCCAGCCCGGUUCGGCCCGUCCCUGCUCCCCGCACCAAGCCAAUGGUGCGCGUCGUCAGCCCGGUCCGGCCUGUUCCUGCUCCCCGCACCAAGCCAGUGGUGCGCUUCGUCAGCCCGGUUCGGCCCGUCCCUGCUCCCCGCACCAAGCCAAUGGUGCGCGUCGUCAGCCCGGUCCGGCCUGUUCCUGCUCCCCGCACCAAGCCAAUGUUGCGCGUCGUCAGCCCGGUCCGGCCUGUUCCUGCUCCCCGCACCAAACCAGUGGUGCGCUUCGUCAGCCCGGUUCGGCCCGUCCCUGCUCCCCGCACCAAGCCAAUGGUGCGCGUCGUCAGCCCGGUCCGGCCCGUCCCUGCUCCCCGCACCAAGCCUGUGGUGCGCGUCAUCAGUCCAGCACAGCCCGUGCCUGUUCCACCGGUGCCUGGUCCGGCACCGGUCAGCUGCUCCACUCCGGAGCUAGAGCAAUCCGCUCCACCAGUGUUCAGUCCAGCUCCGGCCAGCAGGGCCAGACCGGACCAGGGGCGCUUUGGGGGGUUGGUUGGAGGGUGGGGGUCAAGCCCGGAGCCGGAACCGCCUCCGAGGAGGAAUGCCCUCCCCUGUUCGGUUUAUGUUUGGCGCGGUCGCAGUCCGCGCCUUUGGGGGGGGGUACUGUCACGCCCUGGCUCUGGGACUCUGUUAUGUUGAGCCAGGGUGUGUUGUUUCUUUGUGUUUUGUGUGCUAGGGUGAUAGUCUAGUUUUGUAUUUCUAUGUUGGCCAGGGUGGCUCCCAAUCAGAGACGGCUGUAGCUCGUUAUCUCUGAUUGGGAGCCAUACUUAGGUAGCCGUUAGGCAUUCAUUUGGUGUGGUUUCUUGUUCCGUGUUGGUUUGUGUAUGUAACCAAGGACGUCACGUUAUCGUUUGUUGUUUUGUUCGUGUGAUCAUUAUUUAAAUAAAUAUGUUCGCAUUCCACGCUGCGCCUUGGUCCUCCUCCUUCGACGAUCGUGACACUCUCUCUCUCUCUCUCUCUCUCUCUCUAUCAUUCAUCCACACAGUAACGUUCCAUACAACAGCAGAUCUGAUCAUAAUUGCUAUUCAGGGAAUGUAAUUGGUUUGGAUUCAUCCUUUAUAGUCAUUCACAUGACUUCCCAUCAUGAGAGAGAGAGAGAGAGAGAGAGAGAGUGCGCGUUUGUGUGUGUGUACGUGCAUGCGCACGUAUGCCUGUGUCUGUCUGUGUGUGAUGACAGAAGUUGUUUCCCCCAGCCAGAUGUCACAGGGGAAAAGCCUCUGUAUUCUCUGUACUUCCACUAAUGUGCUAUUUGUCACAGUAAAAGAACACUGUCUGCAAGGAAUAGCAAGCAAUUAGUAACACACACACACACGCCAAUGUACACACACACACACACACACACAUACGCCAAUGUACGCACGCACACACACACACGCCAAUGUACGCAUGCAAACAUACACACACAUACAAACACACACACACAUUAACCCAGAGGGUUGAUAAUUAGCUGCAGGGGGGGAGAGAUGUAUGGCUGUUUGAAGGUCUGCUGGGAUUUGUUGUGUUGCUUUGUACUAUUAAUUAAAACAUAACAUUAUCGCUGCUAACCUCACAAAAAAUAAUAAAAUAAAAAAUAUGUUUUAUUGUCACAUACACUGCAUAGGUGCAGUGAAAUGUGUUGUUUUACAGGGUCAGCCAUAGUAGUUCUUUGCCUCUGGAGCAAAUUAGGGUUAAGUGCCUUGCUCAAGGGCACAUCGACAGAUUUUACACCUUGUCAGCUCGGGUAUUCAAACCAGUGACCUUUCGAUUACUGGCCCAACUCUCUAACAGCUAGGCCACCUGCCACCCGCUGCCUGGCCUUCAGAAUGAUGGGGUCAAUUCCAUUUCAGUUCAGUCAAUGUAAAUGUACUUCCUGAGUUGGAACCCUGUUAGACAUUCUGGUGUCAUUUUGACUGUCCUGUAAGUUGUCCGUAUAUUGACCGGGCAUCUGUUACUUUUUUCUCUGUGAUUUUUCUCUCUUUCUCUCUCCAGAGUGAUUCUAUUCCGCAAGAAGACUUCACUCCAGAGAUCUACAAAGUGUUCCUCACCAACAUCUGUCCUCGACCAGAAAUAGACAAUAUCUUCUCUGAAGUGUAAGACAACUGUCACUCAGAGCUACCCAGAACUAUCAAGCUUAGUACUUAAGCUAAACUUUAGCAUUAUAAAGGUUCUGGCUUUACGCCAGAGCAACCAACGCAAAUUUAAAUCAUACUUACACAUUUUAAUUAGACAGAAGUGAUAGGACACGAGAGAGAGCGAGAGAGAGAGAGACAGAGAGAUAGAGAGAGAGACAGAGAGAGAGAGAGAGAGAGAGAGAGAGAGGGACAGAGAGAGAGAGAGGGAGAGAGGGAGAGAGACAGAGAGCGUGACAGAGAGAAAGAGAGAGAGAGAGAGAAAGAGAGAGAGGGGAGGGAGAGAGAGGGUGGGAAGGAAGAGAGCUAUGCAUUCGAUAUGUUCUGGUAGAGACAGGGAUAUGAAAGGAUUUUUAAUCAGAUCUCAUAAUUGACACAUUUGAUCCUCCCUUUCCUUAUCUCUUUCCCUCUUUCAUUCUCUUUCUAUGCAAUUAUCUUCUCUCAUAUCUUGUUCCCUGCUUCUCCUCCCUCUCUCCUCCCUCUCAUCCCUCUCUCCCUUUCUCCUCUCCUCUGAUCUCCUCCCUCUCUCUCUCCUCUCCUGUGUCUAGUGGAGCAAAAAGCAAACCCUACCUGACAGUGGAGCAGCUGACUGACUUUAUAAACAUCCGACAGAGAGACCCUCGUCUCAACGAGAUCCUCUACCCUCCUCUCAAACCUGAACAGGUUCAGAGCCUGGUGGACAAGUACGAACUCAACGAAAUGCUGGUGCAGAAAGGUUAGUAUGAGUCACACACACACACACACACACACACACAUGCACACACACACACACAUUCAUUGUUUUAGAAGAACUCUGGUGUUUUGAGAGUACACAUUCACCCCCCUUCCCCGGAGGUGAGUUUGGCAGGGGAGUUACCAUAGAAACCGCUCAGCCGCAUCGUGUCCAAGGCGCCAACAAAGAGGACACCUAGUGGGCUGGCAGGGAAGGGCUACACACGCACUGACAUACAGUUCUAAAAACACAAACUCUCUCUCACGUACAGACUUGCUCUACACUUCAUUCUUCCCUCAUACAUUAGCUUCUUUAUUUUGCUGUCAGACAGUGUGUGUGUGUGUGUGUGUCUGUGUCUGUGAGUGUGUGUGUCUGUGAUGUGUGUGUGUCUGGGGAUUACUUUCUAGAACAAGCAGCUGGAGAGCAGCAGUGCUCACUGGUAGAGAAACCUGUCUGUCUACCUGUCACGCCUAGACUGGUGUCAUACACACAUGCACACACACUGUGUCUAUCAUACAGUCACACUCAGUUUCCCCUCAUUUAGUAGAACAAUCACACUCAGUUUCCCCUCAUUUAGCAGAAUAGUCACACUCAGUUUCCCCUCAUUUAGCAGAACAGUCACACUCAGUUUUCCCUCAUUUAGUAGAACAAUCACACUCAGUUUCCCCUCAUUUAGCAGAAUAGUCACACUCAGUUUCCCCUCAUUUAGCAGAACAGUCACACUCAGUUUCCCCUCAUUUAGCAGAACAGUCACACUCAGUUUCCCCUCAUUUAGCAGAACAGUCAUACUCAGUUUCACCUCAUUUAGCUGAACGGUCACUUUCAGUUUCCCCUCAUUUAGCAGAACAGUCACACUCAGUUUCCCCUCAUUUAGCAGAACAGUCACACUCAGUUUCCCCUCAUUUAGCAGAACAGUCAUACUCAGUUUCACCUCAUUUAGCUGAACGGUCACUUUCAGUUUCCCCUCAUUUAAUAGAACAGUCACACUCAGUUUCCCCUCAUUUAGCAGAACAGUCACACUCAGUUUCCCCUCAUUUAGCAGAACAGUCAUACUCAGUUUCACCUCAUUUAGCUGAACGGUCACUUUCAGUUUCCCCUCAUUUAGUAGAACAGUCACACUCAGUUUCCCCUCAUUUAGCAGAACAUUCACACUCAGUUUCACCUCAUUUAGCAGAACAGUCACACUUAGUUUCCCCUCAUUUAGCACAACAGUCACACCGACUACUGACAGUACUGAUUUUAAAACAAUGUUAUUAUACAGGUCGUUAUUAGAACCAUUAUAACCUCUUUAUAAUGAGUUAAUAACCUUUUAUUACCAUGUUAUUAUAAAUCUAUUACACCCCCUGGUUAUCUGGCUUAGAGCUCUGUGGUUACAGUUAGGAUCUACCUAUUUAGUUCCUCAGUCAUAUUUAUGCUAUCCUUUCCAAGUCCCGAAUCACACCAGUGUGCCAGAACGUACACAUGGUGUCCUGCUGGUUCAACUAAGAGUCUCUAGACAGUCAGACAGUGAGGAGUGAGGAGUGAUGCCUGCUUUAGACGGAGGGGUGGGGAGGAGUCCCAAAUGGCACCAUAUUUCCCUUAUGGUCCCUGGUCAAAAGCAGUGCACUACAGUGGGGGAAAAAAAAGUAUUUAGUCAGCCACCAAUUGUGCAAGUUCUCCCACUUAAAAAGAUGAGAGAGGCCUGUAAUUUUCAUCAUAGGUACACGUCAACUAUGACAGACAAAUUGAGAAAAAAAAAUCCUGAAAAUCACAUUGUAGGAUUUUUCAUGAAUUUAUUUGCAAAUUAUGGUGGAAAAUAAGUAUUUGGUCACCUACAAACAAGCAAGAUUUCUGGCUCUCACAGACCUGUAACUUCUUCUUUAAGAGGCUCCUCUGUCCUCCACUCGUUACCUGUAUUAAUGGCACCUGUUUGAACUUGUUAUCAGUAUAAAAGACACCUGUCCACAACCUCAAAACAGUCACACUCCAAACUCCACUAUGGCCAAGACCAAAGAGCUGUCAAAGGACACCAGAAACAAAAUUGUAGAACUGCACCAGGCUGGGAAGACUGAAUCUGCAAUAGGUAAGCAGCUUGGUUUGAAGAAAUCAACUGUGGGAGCAAUUAUUAGGAAAUGGAAGACAUACAAGACCACUGAUAAUCUCCCUCGAUCUGGGGCUCCACGCAAGAUCUCACCCCGUGGGGUCAAAAUGAUCACAAGAACGGUGAGCAAAAAUCCCAGAACCACACGGGGGGACCUAGUGAAUGACCUGCAGAGAGCUGGGACCAAAGUAACAAAGCCUACCAUCAGUAACACACUACGCCGCCAGGGACUCAAAUCCUGCAGUGCCAGACGUGUCCCCCUGCUUAAGCCAGUACAUGUCCAGGCCCGUCUGAAGUUUGCUAGAGUGCAUUUGGAUGAUCCAGAAGAGGAUUGGGAGAAUGUCAUAUGGUCAGAUGAAACCAAAAUAGAACUUUUUGGUAAAAACUCAACUCGUCGUGUUUGGAGGACAAAGAAUGCUGAGUUGCAUCCAAAGAACACCAUACCUACUGUGAAGCAUGGGGGUGGAAACAUCAUGCUUUGGGGCUGUUUUUCUGCAAAGGGACCAGGACGACUGAUCUGUGUAAAGGAAAGAAUGAAUGGGGCCAUGUAUCGUGAGAUUUUGAGUGAAAACUUCCUUCCAUCAGCAAGGGCAUUGAAGAUGAAACGUGGCUGGGUCUUUCAGCAUGACAAUGAUCCCAAACACACCGCCCGGGCAACGAAGGAGUGGCUUUGUAAGAAGCAUUUCAAGGUCCUGGAGUGGCCUAGCCAGUCUCCAGAUCUCAACCCCAUAGAAAAUCUUUGGAGGGAGUUGAAAGUCCGUGUUGCCCAGCGACAGCCCCAAAACAUCACUGCUCUAGAGGAGAUCUACAUGGAGGAAUGGGCCAAAAUACCAGCAACAGUGUGUGAAAACCUUGUGAAGACUUACAGAAAACGUUUGACUUGUGUCAUUGCCAACAAAGGGUAUAUAACAAAGUAUUGAGAAACUUUUGUUAUUGACCAAAUACUUAUUUUCCACCAUAAUUUGCAAAUAAAUUCAUAAAAAAUCCUACAAUGUGAUUUUCUGGAGAAAAAAAAUCUCAUUUUGUCUGUCAUAGUUGACGUGUACCUAUGAUGAAAAUUACAGGCCUCUCUCAGAGAACUUGCACAAUUGGUGGCUGACUAAAUACUUUUUUUCCCCACUGUAUAGGGAAUAGGGUGCCAUUUGGGAGGCAGCCAGGGACAGGAGACACAAGUGGAAAGAAACUGUUCUGGGAGCCAGAAGCUUCAGUGUCGUGGUGCUGUGUCUCAAAAUGAGCCUGUGAUUUUCUAUGACCACGGAGUUGUGGCUUAGUAUGGGUCUGUGUUUUUCUGUCACCAAGGUGCUGCUUUUAAGUUUUUAGAUGGUCAAACAGGCAACAGGUCAACCGUAUUUCACUUCUGCAAUAUUUCCGAGGCCAAUUUGUAUCUGUUUCUUGCUUUCAAAUUGACCGAACAGAGUACACUAUACAGUAUCUCACAAAAGUGAGUACACCCCUCACAUUUUGGUUAAUAUUUGAGUAUAUCUUUUCAUGUGACAACACUGAAGAAAUGACACUUUGCUACAAUGUAAAGUAGUGAGUGUACAGCUUGUAUAACAGUGUAAAUUUGCUGUCCCCUCAAAAUAACACAACACACAGCCAUUAAUGUCUAAACCGCUGGCAACAAAAGUGAGCACAUCCCUAAGUGUAAAUGUCCAAAUUGGGGCCAAAGUGUCAAUAUUUUGUGUGGCCACCAUCAUUUUCCAGCACUGCCUUAACCCUCUUGGGCAUGGAGUUCACCAGAGCUUCACAGGUUGCCACUGGAGUCCUCUUCCACUCCUCCAUGACGACAUCACAGAGCUGGUGGAUGUUAGAGACCUUGCACUCCUCCACCUUCCGUUUGAGGAUGCCCCACAGAUGCUCAAUAGGGUUUAGGUCUGGAGACAUGCUUGGCCAGUCCAUCACCUUUACCCUCAGCUUCUUUAGCAAGGCAGUGGUCGUCUUGGAGGUGUGUUUGGGGUCGUUAUCAUGUUGGAAUACUGCCCUGCGGCCCAGUCUCUGAAGGGAGGGGAUCAUGCUCUGCUUCAGUAUGUCACAGUACAUGUUGGCAUUCAUGGUUCCCUCAAUGAACUGUAGCUCCCCAGUGCCGGCAGCACUCAUGCAGCCCCAGACCAUGACACUCCCACCACCAUGCUUGACUGUAGGCAAGACACACUUGUCUUUGUACUCCUCACCUGGUUGCCGCCACACACGCUUGACACCAUCUGAACCAAAUAAGCUUAUCUUGGUCUCAUCAGACCACAGGACAUGGUUCCAGUAAUCCAUGUCCUGUGGUCUGCUUGUCUUCAGCAAACUGUUUGCGGGCUUUCUUGUGCAUCAUCUUUAGAAGAGGCUUCCUUCUGGGACGACAGCCAUGCAGACCAAUUUGAUGCAGUGUGCGGCGUAUGGUCUGAGCACUGACAGGCUGACCCUCCACCCCUUCAACCUCUGCAGCAAUGCUGGCAGCACUCAUACGUCUAUUUCCCAAAGACAACCUCUGGAUAUGACGCUGAGCACGUGCACUCAACUUCUUUGGUCGACCAUGGCGAGGCCUGUUCUGAGUGGAACCUGUCCUGUUAAACCGCUGUAUGGUCUUGGCCACCGUGCUGCAGCUCAGUUUCAGGGUCUUGGCAAUCUUCUUAUAACCCAGGCCAUCUUUAUGUAGAGCAACAAUUCUUUUUUUCAGAUCCUCAGAGAGUUCUUUGCCAUGAGGUGCCAUGUUGAACUUCCAGUGACCAGUAUGAGGGAGUGUGAGAGUGAUGACACCAAAUUUAACACACCUGGUCCCCAUUCACACCUGAGACCUUGUAACACUAACGAGUCACAUGACACCGGGGAGGGAAAAUGGCUAAUUGGGCCCAAUUUGGACAUUUUCACUUAGGGGUGUACUCACUUUUGUUGCCAGCGGUUUAGACAUUAAUGGCUGUGUGUUGAGUUAUUUUGAGGGGACAGCAAAUGUACACUGUUAUACAAGCUGUACACUCACUACUUUACAUUGUAGCAAAGUGUAAUUUCUUCAGUGUUGUCACAUGAAAAUAUAUACUCAAAUAUUAACAAAAAUGUGAGGGGUGUACUCACUUUUGUGAGAUACUGUAUAUUCCUUCAAGAACAUGACACCAUCAGUUUGCUUCCCCCCAGUUCAUCCCUGGCACACGACUCAGUGUGCCCUUCCAUACAUGAUAAAAGUCCCCACUGUCCCAAGCCACAGGUUAGGUAGAAGGUGCCCUACAGCCACAGAUCUAGGAUCAGCUUACCCUCCCCAGUGUCCCUGCAGAGGUGAAGUCUGUACGAGUUUAAAGCUGUCCUCUGUGGUCUCCCCAGGGAUCCGGCUAGCUCCGAUGUCACAGAGAGAACACUGUUAAUUAGCCGUGGAAGUCUGCAGAGGGCAGAGCUGCAUUAAUUAGCAUGCAAUAUAGGAGCAAGGAGGGUAGUUAGCUUCAGUUAGAAUAUGAGCAUGUUAGCGAGCUAAUGCAUUAAAGCCCCAAGCAUGUUUGCUUUUGUGUACAGUAUGUUGCUAUUUCAUUUGUGCUUGUAUUGGUAGUUGGGAGUGAUGGGGGGGGGGGGGGGGGGAUGUUUUAGUCAUACACCUGAGCUUUUCAGCUGUAUAACAGGGGGAUUUUUAUCACAGAGGGAGAUACGCGUGUGCACGUGCAUGUGUGUGCGCCUGUGUGUGUGCGCGUGUGACAGUCGUUAGUUCUGUGUGCCUGUGCGGUUGAGAGAGGCUAAUUGGCUGCUUGUGUUAGCGUUUAUUUCCAAGGAUACCCCGCUAUAGAGAUCAUUUAUCAAAGGAUGUUGGUUUAGUGUGUGUGUGUGUGUGUGUGUGUCUGUGUGAGUGUGUGUACGUGUGUGUGCAAGUGAUGUGUAUGAUUUAAAGGGAGCAUGUCCGUCAGGAGAGCUGGAAUGUAUGAAGUUUCAAAUGCAGCUUUUAUUCAGCACCAUUCAGCUUCAUGCACCGGAUUACAUUUACAUUUAAGUCAUUUAGCAGACGCUCUUAUCCAGAGCGACUUACAAAUUGGUGCAUUCAACUUAGGAUAGCCAGUGGGACAACCACCACUGGGGGAGGGGGGGGGGGGGGGGGUGUAGAAGGAUUACUGUUAUACUAUUCCAGGUAUUCCUUAAAGAGGUAGGGUUGCAAGUGUCUCCGGAAGGUGGUCAGUGACUCUGCUGUCUUGGCGUCGUGGUGGAGCUUGUUCCACCAUUGGGGUGCCAGAGCAGCGAAUAGCUUUGACUGGGCUGAGCGGGAACUAUUAUUCCAGUCUUCCCGUUAUCAUUGUCGGAGUAGUCACAUUGUUUGCAGAGUGCACAACCUAUGCUACACUUGUGAGAAACACGUUUUGGUUUAUUUCAUUCCAUUUACAAGCUGUGUCAAUUUAGUCUUUGUCUUUUGUUUGGAGCGCUCCUGUCAAUGUUGAGUAAGUCCUAUAGGCUACCUGGCCUCCCCUCAACAGCCUCCUGUGACACACACUGAUUGAAUGAGGGAAUGUGUCGAUGGCUGAUAAUGUCAAUGGUAAAACAUUUCCCACCAGGUUACACUAGUGAUCAAUCAGCAGGUUACAGCCUGUCUGCUUCUGUUAGCAGCAGCUCUGGAGAUGAACAGACUCUACUGCAGGACUGGGUUUCAACUCUAAAGGGUUUAGCUCCAACCACCCCCUACAAAACUGACAACAUGGAUAUGAAUCUUUACCCUGGCUUUAACAGGUUGUCUUCCAGUAACUCUACUCUGACUGUAAUCUCUGUUGUUCUACUCAUCUUGUCAUCCUGCAGGUCAGACGUGGGUGGAGGGCUUCGCCAGGUAUUUGAGUAGUGAGGGUAAACUAAAGCAGCUACAGUCUAGGGCUGACCCCAAUUAGUCGACUGGUCGAUUGUUUGGUCUUUAGGCUGUUGGUCGACCGAGAUUGUUUAAGUCGAGCAGUAACAAAUAUAUAUAUAUAUAUAUAUAUAUAUAUAUAUUUGCGCCCAUCUCAGUGAACUAAUCCAUUGCGGAGGCCUAGACUAAAAGCCGAUUUAUGCUUGAUCCGAAAAUGUGGAUCGGAGGCAAUUCCAGAGGCAUGCAAAGGCCAAAUCGAGCUCCAUACCGCAUCGCCAUGCGCCUCCCAAAUUUUGUAACAAUGCGGAGGGCUCUGUAUAGCUCCACAUUUACAUGAUUGGUUGACGGUAGGUGGGGGCGGUACAUCCUGUAGAAAACACAGACUCACUUCCUUGACAACAGCUCUGCACUGCUCCGCGAAGCACAAGAAGUAUGAAUGCCCUGACUUCUGCUGAGGCCGUAUCACAGUAAAUGAUGCAUGGCCAAUGCAGACGUCAGAUUGACCAUGCUCCCAGAUGCACAAUGCACUUCUCUCUCCAGAAUGCGCUCUCUCCCGCCAAUUUGUGCACAUUCAUUGUUUCAUAACUUCAUUGUGUGAAUUGUUUGUGUUUGAGUGUUAGUGUCUUAUCAAUUCUCCAUUACAUAUAUCACCAGUAGUACAUUUACCGUUAAUUCCUAUCAUUUCUAAUCUACCAUGUUUGUUACUUUGGUUACGGUCAUUUCUGUUAAUGUAUUCAAUAUUAUUAUUCCAGUCUUCCCUUUAUCAUUGUCGGAGUAGUCACAUUGUUUGCAGAGUGCACAACCUAUGCUACACUUGUGAGAAACAAGUUUUGGUUUAUUUCAUUCCAUUUACAAGUUUCAAUUUAGUCAUUGUCUUUUGUUUGGAGCGCUCCUGUCAAUGUUGAGUAAGGACGCGCACGCAUAGAAGUAGGCCUAUAGGCUACCUGGCCUGCGCGCAAAUGUAGGCAUAUAAAUGUGCCCAUUUGGGGAUUUGAUAGUAUUUCUGAUUGCUUAAUACACCACCACUAAUGACCUGUGGAGCUUCUCAAAGUAAUGUUUUCUUCACCUCAAACAGCAAGCAAACAAGUCUGUUUUCACAUCCAUUGAGAAUUACAAUAGUUCCUCAAUGUAAUUGAAAAUUCUUUCCAGCUCUCUCCCUUUCGAUAGCCACUCAACGUGAAAGGGAAAAAUGUAAUGUUCUGAUUCAGUCGAAACGUCAUAAAAUAGGCCAACCUGAUUACUUCUUAUCAGUGCUUGACUUGGACUGAAAUAGGUUCCGGUACUCAUUUUGGGUGCUGGUACUGUUUAUAUUUAGGUGCAGGAUCUCCACAAUACUUUUGAUUCUAUAAGAGGAACAGGAGCUCGAGCAGUAGAACAUUUUAGGUGCCGGUACUCAGCUCCGGUGAGCUGCCCAAGUCAAGCACUGCUUCUUAUCCCUUGUGCAAAUAGGCUACUGCUGUGUCUGUCCCGAGCUCACUGACGCGGGAAACUCUGAGGGCCCAGAAUAUUUUAUACAAUGUUGCAAGUUCGCUAGCUCAAGCUUCAGCCGUACCCAAGUUAAUAGUUGACACAAUGUUUCAAGUUUGUUGCAGACAGGCCAUGUGUAGCCAAUGUGAUUUAUAGGAUAUUUAUUUUUAUCAGGAUAUUUUCUACCUGCAGGCUGCAAUGUUGUUAUUUGUUGGCUUUAUGUAGGCUACUUUUACAUAGUUGGCAAUGGCAAUAGAAGUUACUUUUUAGGUUUGUGUCAUUUUCAUUUAGAUUUGGAUAGAAUUUUGAUUAACCACAUGACAAUGAUUUGGAGAUAUGAAGACGUUAUUAUAGAUUUAAUUAAACUGUUUCACGAAAAUUUGCAUAUGAAAACCAUAACUGGCACGCAGAUCGUUAGAAAUUCAGAAGAAGUCACAUAAUUAGUUAAAUAAAGUCCACCUGUGUGAAAUCUAAGUGUCACAUUUACAUUUCACAUUUACAUUUUAGUAAUUUAGCAGACGCUCUUAUCCAGAGCGACUUAUAGUUAGUGAGUGCAUACAAAGCUCAUACUUUUUCAUACAUCACAUGAUCUGUCACAUGAUCUCAGUAUAUAUACACCUGUUCUGAAAGGCCCCAAAGUCUGCAACACCACCAAGCAAGGGGCACCACCAAGCAAGCGGCACCGUGAAGACCAAGGAGCUCUCCAAAAAAGGUCAUGGACAAAGUUGUGGAGAAGUACAGAUCAGAGUUGGGUUAUAAAAAAAUAUCCAAAACUUUGAACAUCCCACGGAGCACUAUUAAAUCCAUGAUUAAAAAAUGGAAAGAAUAUGGCACCACAACAAACCUUCCAAGAGAGGGCCGCCCACCAAAACUCACGGACCAGGCAAGGAGGGUAUUAAUCAGAGAGGCAACAAAGAGGACAAAGAUGACUCCCGAGUGGUGCAGUGGUCUAAGGCACUGCAUCGCAGUGCUAGCUGUGCCACUAGAGAUCCUGGUUCGAGUCCAGGCUCUGUCGCAGCCGGCCGCGACCGGGAGACCCAUGGGCGGCGCACAAUUGGUCCAAGGUAGGGGAGGUUUUGGCUGGCAGGGAUGUGGGUUCGUUUCCCACGGGGGGCCAGUAUGAAAAAAACAAAAACAAAAAACAUGUAUGCAUUCACUAACUGUAAGUCGCUCUGGAUAACAGCGUCUGCUAAAUGACUAAAAUGUAAAUAACCCUGAAGGAGCUGCAAAGCUCCACAGCCGGAGAUUGGAGUAUCUGUCCAUAGGACCACUUUAAGCCGUACACUCCACAGAGCUGGGCUUUACGGAAGAGUGGCCAGAAAAAAAGCCAUUGCUUACAGAAAAAAAUAAGCAAACACGUUUGGUGUUCGCCAAAAGGAAUGUGGGAGACUCCCCAAACAUAUGGAAGAAGGUACUCUGGUCAGAUGAGACUAAAAUUGAGCUUUUUGGCCAUCAAGGAAAACCCUAUAUCUGGCACAAACCCAACACCUCUCAUCACCCCGAGAACACCAUCCCCACAGUGAAGCAUGGUGGUGGCAGCAUCAAUAGUUAUGCACGCUCAAGUUUUCCGUUUUGUUGUCUUAUUUGUUGUUUGUUUCACAAUAAAAAAAUAUUUUGCAUCUUCAAAGUGGUAGGCAUGUUGUGUAAAUCAAAUGAUACAACCCCCCCAAAAAAUAUAUUUUAAUUCCAGAUUGUAAGGCAACAAAAUAGGAAAAAUGCCAAGGGGGGUGAAUACUUUCGCAAGCCACUGUAGUUGAUUUUAUUAAAACACAUAGGGAAAGAACAGAUUACUUUCGGUCAACCAAGAUUUUCUUUAGUCGGGGGACAGCCCUACUACAGUCCAACCAGCUACCCUCUGUAACAUGUUGUGUGUUUGUGUAUGUUCCCACAGGUCAGAUCUCGGUGGACGGCUUUGCCAAGUAUCUGAGUAGUGAAGAGAACAGCAUCAUCCCCCCAGAAAAGCUGGACCAGAGUGAAGACAUGACCCUACCACUGCCUCAUUACUUCAUAAACUCCUCCCACAACACAUACCUUACAGGUAGGCGCCUAUUUUGAAAUGUCUUUAUUUUUAGUACUGUGAUAACUACUAAGUAACACAUGAUCAUAUGUGGUUGUUUGACCCUUCGCUUCAACAGUUGACUUCUCUCAUAACAGCUUUCAAAGUGAGUCAAAUUCAGCCAGUGGGGUUCCUUUUUCUCCUGUGCAAAUCAGGCACUUAUCCAAUCAGACCCAUGAGAUGGCGUCGUCCGGGUUAGGGAAGGGUUUGGCCAGCCGGGAUGUCCUUGUCCCAUCGCGCUCUAGCGACUCCUUGUGGCGGGCCGGGCACAUGCACGCUGACUUCAGUCGCCAGCUGUACGCUGUUUCCUCCGAUACAUUGGUGCGGCUGGCUUCCGGGUUAAGCGAACAGUGUGUCAAGAAGCAGUGCGGCUUGGCGGGGUCGUGUUUCGGAGGACGCAUGGCUCUCUACCUUCGCCUCUCCCCAGUCUGUAUGGGAGUUGCAGCGAUGGGGCAAGACUGUAACUACCAAUUGGGAAGAAAAAGGGGUAUAAAGUACCAACAAUAAAUAAAUACAAAAUAUAAAUAAGAAAAUGAUAUGUGCCUCAUUUGCGUAAAUACACUGGGUCUAUUUGACUGCAUUAACAUAAAGGGGUGGAACAGGGCUGCAACCACAAACACUUGCUCUGUCUACCCUACCUGCACUCACCUGGGCUGGCUAGACUGCCUCAUUAAUUACUGUUUUUGUCACGUUCUCUUGCAUAAUUCAACAAGUGUGUCAAUAGCAGGAUACCCUCAGAUUGAAAAUCAACACACUUGGUUCUAGAUUACACCUAUCUAAACAUACUUUACAUUGUUUGCGAGAUCAGGCAUUAUACAGUGAGGGAAAAAAGGUAUUUGAUCCCCUGCUGAUUUUGUAUGUUUGCCCACUGACAAAGAAAUGAUCAGUCUAUAACUUUAAUGGUAGGUUUAUUUGAACAGUGAGAGACAGAAUAACAACAACAAAAUCCAGAAAAACGGAUGUCAAAAAUGUUAUAAAUUGAUUUGCAUUUGAAUGAGGGAAAUAAGUAUUUGACCCCUUCUCAAUCAAAAAGAUUUCUGGCUCCCAGGUGUCUUUUAUACAGGUAACGAGCUGAGAUUAGGAGCACACUCUUAAAGGGAGUGCUCCUAAUCUCAGUUUGUUAGCUGUAUAAAAGACACCUGUCCACAGAAGCAAUCAAUCAAUCAGAUACCAAACUCUCCACCAUGGCCAAGACCAAAGAGCUCUCGAAGGAUGUCAGGGACAAGAUUGUAGACCUACAAUCUUGCGUUUUUCUGGAUUAUUUUGUUGUUAUUCUGUCUCUCACUGUUCAAAUAAACCAACCAUUAAAAUUAUAGACUGAUCAUGUCUUUGUCAGUGGGCAAACGUACAAAAUCAGCCGGGGAUCAAAUACUUUUUUCCCUCACUGUAUCACUAUAAUUUGAGUGUUCAUUUUUGGAAGUUGCUUUCAUUUCAGCGCAUUUAAUUUGUAAACAUUUUAACUGUAUCAAAUUAUUGCUUUUUUCCAAUUCCACAAAAAACAAACACCCUUUAAAAUAAAGUUAUCUUUCUUGUGAUGUAAGUGUCGAGAUGAUGUGUUAAAUCCCAGAUGAAGCUGUAGCGUUCUUAUAGACAAUGUAUUCCAUUGAGCCAAUUUCAAGAAAAUGAAAAAGAUACACAAUGCAUCCUUAAUUCCCUUGUCACGUCUCGUCUUCCUUGUGUAAUCUCAUUCUCCUAUUGACACGUUGUCAUAUUGUAUUACGCAAUGAACUAAAUUAUGAUGAGAAAUCGUUUUCGGGAAGUUACAGAGAAAUAAUUACUUGAACAACUGUGGGAGACAAGGAUAUUUUUAACAAGUCAUCACUGAUUACUUUAUGGCCUUAUUAUUCGUUUACAGUGAUCCCUCUGUAAUCUGCUUCCAAUCAGAACUGUGUUGAAGGCAGAAACUCAUUUAAAAGUUAACUUUCCUCUAAUGUAGGCAUCUUAAGCUGCUGUUUUCCCCAGGAAGUCGUGGUGUGUGUGUGUAUGUGUGUCCCUUCAUGCUACUCAGGAAGAGAUGACAUUGCAUUUAUAGAGGAGCUCAGGGGUGCCUUCUGAAGUGAUACACAUACACACAUACAUACACACACACACAUACAUACACUCACAGACACAGAUGUGAGUGCGUUUCACAUUGACACUGUUGUCUCAACGCGGUGGUAAUACGAUGCUGAUGUAGAAAUAAUUGCUUUGUUAAUGGAGAAAGUGCUCUGCUCUGUGGACUGUAGUGCUGUUCGUAACUCUAAUGACCAAUGUGCCUAAUGAGAGCUUGAGAUGUGUGGGAAUGUCUCGUGUUGACACACUGUAGGAAGGAAAUAAAGUAAUUAAUAAUGUGGUUAACUGUCUUUAAAAGAAGAAUCUGUUAAGUGUUUUGUGUGUGUGUGUGUGUGUGUAGCGGGCCAGCUGGCAGGUAACUCGUCGGUGGAGAUGUACCGGCAGGUCCUCCUGUCAGGGUGUCGCUGUAUCGAGCUGGACUGCUGGAAGGGACGCACCACCGAAGAAGAACCUGUCAUCACACACGGAUUCACCAUGACAACCGAAAUCUCCUUCAAGGUAAACUGUCUGGAACCAGAGAGAUAGUAAAGAGAGAUGGAGGGAGAGGGAGAUGGAGAGGGAGGGAGGGAGAAAGAAUGAGAGGAAGUGAGACAAUGGGCAUGGAGGAGGAGGGAGAAAAAGAGGGAGAAGGGAGUGAGAGAGAGAUGAGAAAGAGGGGAGCGGUAGGGAAAGAGAGAAGGAAAGAGCAAAAGAUGGUUUGAGAAACAGGUAGACAGAGAGAAAGAGUUGCUUGGUAUUUAGUAUUGUAGAGAGCAAUAGGAGUCCCCUGUAGCUUAGUUGGUAGAGCAUGGCGCUUGCAACGCCAGGGUUGUGGGUUUGUUUCCCACGGGGGGCCAGUAUGAACAAUUUAUGCACUCACUAAAACUGAGCGUCUGCUAAAUGACUAAAAUGUAAAAUGAGAGAGGGAGGUGAACAUAAAAAAAACCAAAACAUUUCACCUUUAUUUAACCAGGUAAGCCAGUUGAGAACAAGUUCUCAUUUACAACUGCGACCUGGCCAAGAUAAAGCAAAGCAGUGCAAUAAAAACAACAACACAGAGUUACAUAUGGGGUAAAACAAAACAUGUCAAAGUCAAAAAUACAACAGAAAAUAUAUAUACAGUGUGUGCAAAUGUAGCAAGUUAUGGAGGUAAGGCAAUAAAUAGGCUUGAGAAAGGAGGAGAGAAUAACUGAAGCACAGAUGGGUGGAGGAGAGAAGCAGAGGAGGAAAGAAGAAGCCCAGGGAGAGGAGAGGAGGAAAGAAGAGAGCCAGACAGAGAAGAGAUUGAUUGAAAGAGGGAAUUUAGUCUUUAAUGAGAGUACUAUGGCUGAGUUUACACAUGCAGCCCAAUUCUGAUUUUCUUUUUUACUAAUUGGUCUUAUUACCAAUCAGAUCAGCUCUGAAAAUAUCUGAUGUGAAAAAAUCUGAUGUGAUUGGUCAAAAAAACAAUUAGUGGAAAAAAUAUCAGAAUUGGGCUGCCUGUGUAAACGCAGCCUAAGAGCAAGAGAAGGAGACUGAUAGACUUGGAUUGAGAGUGAAAUAGAAAUGUGUAAGUGGACUGAUAGAGAGCGGGAAUGAGAGAGAGGGAAUGAGAGGGGGAAUGAGCAGAAGAUCGAUAGAGAGAGAGAGAGAGAAGGUGAAGUGUGUGUGAGAGAGAAAGAGGGUAAGCUGUUAAGUGUAUUUACCCUCUAGCAUCGAUAUAAAUGGUUGUAAAAUUCACUUAACCACUUAGUCUUACACUACUGAACAAUCCCUAUCAGAUGUUCAAUGAGUCAACAAGCUCUACACCAGCGGCUCUCCACAUCACUAUACAGAUAAUGUACUUCGAAUAUUCAUAUUAGAUAUUUUGCGAUAGCCUGACCACCGGCCAUAUUAUAUGUGUCAUCAAAUUAAAAAAUUUCAGCGAUCACAUUCAUUGAUAUUUGAUCCCAUUGGUCAUUGACCAGUGCUGACACCCUGUCUGUCUGCUCUGUGUCUACAGGAAGUGAUUGAGGCCAUAGCAGGGUGUGCCUUCAAGACCUCCCCUUUCCCGGUCAUCCUCUCCUUUGAGAACCACGUGGACUCGUAAGUCAACAACUCUCACGCCGCUGUGUGUUUCAAGAGUUUACCUUUGUUUGAUGUCUUUGAUAAAUGUACACACCAACACUUUUCCUAUUUUUUAAACUUCAGUUCAAACAGUGAUUCUGAACCUCUGUUAGUCUAUGGUUAUGGUAGUGCCAUUUUAACUGCCAUGCUAAUGCUUGCCACUCUUAUGUAAUGCGCUAAUUAGCUAUAUGCUAAUGUUAGCCACUCUUAGAGUAGGGCAUUAGCUAAUAACUACAUGCUAAUACCAGAGACGGAAGAGGAAGCGAGACACCCCACUCGCUGUUUUUUUCUGGUUUAAUGAAAGUUAAUGAACUAAGUAGACCAGACCCAGCUGCUAUUGCAUUGGUGUCUAUGGGAGACACACUCAGUUAGUACACUGACCAUUUUUUUCAAUGGUAAAAGGCCUGAGUGAACUAUCUUCAUUUAUCCACCAUCUUUGCUAAUACUGGCCACUCUUAAGUCAAUUGCGACUCACUACAUGCUAAAGCUAGCCACUCUGAAGCCAUUAGCUAGCUAGAUGUAGCGAAGGUGGCUUAGUGAGCUGAGACCUGAAGACUUGCGUUAGCUCCCCAAGGACACCCAGGUUCGAAUCCCAAUCGGUCACACUAACGCUAUCCACUCCAGUAGCGAAUCGCUAAAUACUAACAUUAUGCCACUGUGAGGUGAUUGUAAUGGUUGUAACGGUGUGUGUGUUGCCUCCCAGGCCCAAGCAGCAGGCCAAGAUGGCGGAGUACUGCAGGUCAAUAUUUGGAGACAUGUUACUGACCGACCCUCUGGAGAAGUACCCUGUAAGUACACAAGACCCCUGCUUGCACGUACACUCAUGUUCACACACUACACACACACACACUGUCAAACACACAGUUCAACACACCUCUAUGACAUGGACCAGUGAGUGUAGUGUUCCUCUCCCCUCCUUCACCCCUGAGUGACCCUCUAAACAGCCUUGUGUCAACUAAAACUAGAUGUUUACCUGUCUCUUUUGAUCUCUCCCUCACUCUCUCUCUUUCUCUCUCUCUGCUGCCUCACCCCUCUCUCUCCCUCAGCUUUCUCCCUCCCUUCCUCUCUCUAUCUCCCUUUAUCCAAACCAACCCUUUUCAUCUGUCUGCAAUUACAAUCACAUGGUCCUCUCUCCCUACCAGUCAGCUAUAAGGGGAUACGCUACAGAGGGCAGUCACUGGGUUACACUGUGUGUGUGUCUAUGUGUGUGCGUGCGUGUUGUGUUACGGGGUGAUCUGUAGCCUAUGCUGCUUUUCUUAGCGACCCUUUAUCUACUUCCAGCCAGUUGCCAUGGCUACCAGUCAAAAGCUUGCAUUGUCCCUUUGUGGAGGAACUUCUUCUCAGAGUCCAUUCUUACGUAACAACAAUCACACACACACGCACGAAUGCACUCUCAAGCACACACAGACAAGCACACACACACAUGUACAGUAUCAUCCUUCCCAUUAGUCAGUAGUGAAGUGUUAGUCGUUGUCCCUGUUGGAAUGGAAUGAAGGAACUUAGCUUUACACAUUAUCUCACUGGUUGCAACAGCACUAGGGCUAGUGUGUGUGUGUUUGCAUGUGUGUGUGUGUGUGUUUGCAUGUGUGUGUGUGUGUGUGUCUGUGUGCGUAAGCCCUCCCAGUGAUUCACUAGAGUGAAUGACUUUGAUAUUGAAUUGUUAUCAGAUCAGUACUUUCAGAACAGAGGGAGAGAGAGGUAGGGAGAGAGAGAGAGAGAGAGAGAGGGGGGGGGGGGGGGGGGUAGGGAAGGAGAAAGAUUCAGAAGAGUCAGAUUUGGGUACCAGUCGGUUUAGCUAACAUUCCACUAGCCUGGGUACCAGUCUGUUUAGCUAACAUUCCACUAGCCCGGGUACCAGUCUGUUUAGCUAACAUUCCACUAGCCCGGGUACCAGUCUGUUUAGCUAACAUUCCACUAGCCCGGGUACCAGUCUGUUUAGCUAACAUUCCACUAGCUUGGGUACCAGUCUGUUUAGCUAACAUUCCACUAGCAUGGGUAUCAGUCUGUUUAGCUAACAUUCCACUAGCCUGGGUACCAGUUUGUUUACCUAACAUUCCACUAGCCCGGGUACCAGUCUGUUUAGCUAACAUUCCACUAGCCCGGGUACCAGUCUGUUUAGCUAACAUUCCACUAGCUUGGGUACCAGUCUGUUUACCUAACAUUCCACUAGCCCGGGUACCAGUCUGUUUAGCUAACAUUCCACUAGCAUGGGUAUCAGUCUGUUUAGCUAACAUUCCACUAGCAUAGGUACCAGUCUGUUUAGCUAACAUUCCACUAGCCUGGGUACCAGUCCGUUUAGAUAACAUUCCACUAGCCUGGGUACUAGUCUGUUUAGCUAACAUUGUUUAGCUAACAUUCCACUAGCAUGGGUACCAAUCUGUUUAGCUAACAUUCCACUCCUUGUACUCCAUGUUGUAUGUUUAACAUGAUAAAGAGUGACAAGGAGUGGACCGAAUGAUAGUUUAUAUAUAUAAUAUAACAGAUAGGCUAGUGAUAAGUGAGUACAGAGAACUCAAUGACAUGCAGCCUCUCCCACUGGCUUUUUUAAAAACAUUUAAAAUGUUUUUUGUUUUUUUGGGGGUGGGGCUGUUUUGCAUGUUAUUUUGGCAUUAAUACGUGUCACAGGUGUUUCAGCCUAGCUCAGUGCUUUCUGUGGUGGUGGGGCAGCCAGCUGAAAAUACGGAGCGUAGGGGUUGGUAAUGUUCUCGAGUUGCGCCGUGAUUGGCUCUGUCACUCAUGGGGACAAUACAUCACCGCCAAAUCUAGGGGUAGAGCUCGAAAAUUCAAGCCGCUUGCUUGGGUGCUACCAUAGAGUUACAUUAGAAGUGCCCAUCCAAGAAGGCUCAAGGUCAUUGGCCACAGAUAAAAUGACGACAAAUCACGUUAUAUCAAGAAUCAGUGGCUAACUGCAAGCAUUGAAAAGCAAUCACUAGCCUGCUAUUCAGUGGAGUGGGUGUGUGGUCCCAAAUUUGGUUUAAGGGUCUCUUUUCCAAGCUUAAAAGGAUAAACAUUCAACAUUGGCCAUGGUGUCAAUCCAGCAUGACUACUCAGAACUGGGAAUUCGUUUUGAACGGUCAUCCAACUUGGAAUUGCAAGUCGGGAACUCUGGCCUCUUUCUCGAGCUCCGACCUGAAGAUCACUGACGUCAUCAUGAUUCAACCUUGUUUUUUUCCAAGUUCCCAGUUGUCUCGAAAGAACCAUAAAUCCAGAGAAUGCCAGACUUUGAUGACAAAAUUUGCCCGCGAAGGACCGCUGUGCCACCUUCCUGUUCAAGUGAGCACAGCACAACAAGGUGAGUCCAGAAAUGUCUUGUAUGCUGCUGCAUAAAGGAUGUAAUAGGCCAGGGAGAUAUGUAUACUGUAGCUAAGAAAGUAAUACUAAGUGUAUGUUGUGUAGUAAGCUGUUAGUAGCCCAUAUGCCUCACCCUAAUAAUUUGGUCCCGUUUCCCCUCCUAAUUUUGCCUACUGUUCUGACUUGGUGGUACAAGCGUAUAACCUGUUUUAGAGAAAUGUAAUCAUCGAAUAUUGUAAGAGCUUUCAUUCUCUACUUAUAUGUCCCCUUUAUAUAUCCUACGGUUCUGACUUGGUGUACAGGGAGAAUACUGUAAGAACGGCCCAUGUUCUGAAUUCUGUCGCUGUACAUUUCAAAAGUGCUGAACAAAUAGUUAUAUUGACUACGUCCGUCCUAGCUCGCUCAUUAAUAUCUUAAUCGAAAUUACGGAUUGCCUCUUAUCUGCUCGUUGUCCCCUUAUGCCAUAGUUUGUACAUCUCAAUUGUCAGUAGAAACCACAUUUGUUUAAGCAAGUCAGCCAUAUCAGCUAUGUUUUUUUUAAAGGCAGUAAAUGAGGCUGAAUGAACUGUUUCGCUGCCAGACAAGGCUCCGCUGAUAGCCAGGUGUAGCAGUGGUAAGGUGUUGGGACUGCUGUUGGGACAGCUUAAUGUCACCGUUAUAGUGCAAUUCAUGUAUUAUUUUGUGUUGUGUAGUGGGUUUGCUGGCAUGCAUCUAAAACAUUUUUUGGGGGGUUUGCCCCACCAAGAUUUACAUGCUAAAUUCGCCACUGAGUGUGAUUGAUAUGGGAUUUACAGUGGGGAAAAAAAGUAUUUAGUCAGCCACCAAUUGUGCAAGUUCUCCCACUUAAAAAGAUGAGAGAGGCCUGUAAUUUUCAUCAUAGGUACACGUCAACUAUGACAGACAAAUUGAGAAAAGAAAAUCCAGAAAAUCACAUUGUAGGAUUUUUAAUGAAUUUAUUUGCAAAUUAUGGUGGAAAAUAAGUAUUUGGUCACCUACAAACAAGCAAGAUUUCUGGCUCUCACAGACCUGUAACUUCUUCUUUAAGAGGCUCCUCUGUCCUCCACUCGUUACCUGUAUUAAUGGCACCUGUUUGAACUUGUUAUCAGUAUAAAAGACACCUGUCCACAACCUCAAACAGUCACACUCCAAACUCCACUAUGGCCAAGACCAAAGAGCUGUCAAAGGACACCAGAAACAAAAUUGUAGAACUGCACCAGGCUGGGAAGACUGAAUCUGCAAUAGGUAAGCAGCUUGGUUUGAAGAAAUCAACUGUGGGAGCAAAUUAUUAGGAAAUGGAAGACAUACAAGACCACUGAUAAUCUCCCUCGAUCUGGGGCUCCACGCAAGAUCUCACCCCGUGGGGUCAAAAUGAUCACAAGAACGGUGAGGCAAAAAUCCCAGAACCACACGGGGGGACCUAGUGAAUGACCUGCAGAGAGCUGGGACCAAAGUAACAAAGCCUACCAUCAGUAACACACUACGCCGCCAGGGACUCAAAUCCUGCAGUGCCAGACGUGUCCCCCUGCUUAAGCCAGUACAUGUCCAGGCCCGUCUGAAGUUUGCUAGAGUGCAUUUGGAUGAUCCAGAAGAGGAUUGGGAGAAUGUCAUAUGGUCAGAUGAAACCAAAAUAGAACUGUUUGGUAAAAACUCAACUCGUCGUGUUUGGAGGACAAAGAAUGCUGAGUUGCAUCCAAAGAACACCAUACCUACUGUGAAGCAUGGGGGUGGAAACAUCAUGCUUUGGGGCUGUUUUUUCUGCAAAGGGACCAGGACGACUGAUCCGUGUAAAGGAAAGAAUGAAUGGGGCCAUGUAUCGUGAGAUUUUGAGUGAAAACCUCCUUCCAUCAGCAAGGGCAUUGAAGAUGAAACGUGGCUGGGUGUUUCAGCAUGACAAUGAUCCCAAACACACCGCCCGGGCAACAAAGGAGUGGCUUCGUAAGAAGCAUUUCAAGGUCCUGGAGUGGCCUAGCCAGUCUCCAGAUCUCAACCCCAUAGAAAAUCUUUGGAGGGAGUUGAAAGUCCGUGUUGCCCAGCGACAGCCCCAAAACAUCACUGCUCUAGAGGAGAUCUGCAUGGAGGAAUGGGCCAAAAUACUAGCAACAGUGUGUGAAAACCUUGUGAAGACUUACAGAAAACGAUUGACCUGUGUCAUUGCCAACAAAGGGUAUAUAACAAAGUAUUGAGAAACUUUUGUUAUUGACCAAAUACUUAUUUUCCACCAUAAUUUGCAAAUAAAUUCAUUAAAAAUCCUACAAUGUGAUUUUCUAGAUUUUUUUUUCUCAUUUUGUCUGUCAUAGUUGACGUGUACCUAUGAUGAAAAUUACAGGCCUCUCUCAUAUUUUUAAGUGGGAGAACUUGCACAAUUGGUGGCUGACUAAAUACUUUUUUUCCCCACUGUAUAGGACAUGGCCAUAGGGGACUAAAGAUGGUUGUAAUGGAAUGAUUGCUCCGGAAAGUUGCCCACAGAUCAAGGUCCUCUUUUGCUCCUGUAGCUCAGGGGGAUGUGUGAAACUUCCUCCUCAGCCUGAAGUGUCGCCACUUGCACCGCGGAAUUGUUAACUUUUUGGUGGCACCAACUGGUAAGCCGCUUCGGGAGGGUGGACACGUGUGCUAGCAAGGUAGAGGUGCUGGGUUCAAGCCUCGGUGUGAGCUGAAUCAGGAGGAAGCAUUACUGACUAAGUAAGAAGUGUGAUGUCCUUUACAGUCCAUUAAGGGGAAAAUGCUGAGCUGGUUUUCAGUGAGAAGUAGUGUGUAUGGAUCAAGAUGUUCUCUGACUUGAGGAUGAAAGAGAACUGAAGACAAGUAGAUAUGGCAGAUGCUCAGAAGUGUGAUGCUGUUUAAAGCUGAGAAAGUUGUUAAUUGUGUGUGUGUGCGUGUGCGUGCGUGCCUGUAAAUCAUGUGUGUGCAAACGUUUACCUGCGUGUACGAGCGCUUGCAUGCGUUUGUGUGAUGUAGCUCAGUGUCUUCUAAUACUCCAUUAUCAAUGGGCAUCAACAGUGUGAUCCAACAGAACAGAAGGGUAUCACAUGAAUAAACGAGUGCUGUGCCUACUCAAGUCUGCUCUUCAGAGAGAGAGAGUGUUGUAAGCAUACACUCCCACUCUACACAAAGGAAACCCCAUUCUGGGGUGUAGAAAGUGUUGAAGAUGUAAACUUAACACUUGCUUGCCAACACAGCCUGUAAGGGCCUUAUUUCAUUCAGGUCACUAAGAAGCCUUUUACACUAUGACUGAUCAACACCCUCUCAUCAUCACAACACCAAGUCUGUUUUGAUACCCUUGCCUAACACACGCACCCACCAACAUCACCAUUAGUAGGAACCUUUCUUGGUUCUUACUCUCAGGUAAUGAGUCUAAGUCGAUAUAUCGCGCUAAGAGAAGAGAGAGAGAGAGAGAGAGAGAGGAGAGAGAGAGAGAGAGAGAGAGAUAGAGAGACAGAGAAGAGAGAGGAAGCGAGAGCGAGCCGAGAGAGAGCGAGAGAGGAGAGAGAGAGCGCAGAAGAUAGCGAGAGAGAGAGAGCUAGAGCGAGCGAGAGAGAGCGGAGAGAUAGGAGCGCGCGCGAAGCAGAUCGGAAGAGAGCCUAGACUAUAGAGCUCUCUCUCUCUCUAUCCUCUCUCUCUCUCUACUAUCCUUUUAUCCCUCUCUCUCUACUAUCCUUUAUCUCUCUCUCUCUCUCUCUCUCUCUCUCUCUCUCUCUCUCCCUCCUUUCGCUCUCCCUUCACCCCUCCCUCUCCAUCUCUAGUUGGAGACAGGAGUGCACCUGCCCAGUCCAAUGGAUCUGAUGGGAAAGAUUCUGGUGAAGAACAAGAAGAAACACAUCAAGACAUCAAGUACCAAGAAGAAACUGUCAGAACAGGCCUCCAAUACCUACAGUGACUCAUCUAGUGUGCAUGAGCCCUCUUCUCCCAGCGCAGGUAUGGUUACAGUACACGCACACAUGCACACACACACACGCACACACAGCAGCAGCAGAAACACAAGUCACUUGUCGGCCAUUGACACACAGAGGAGGUUUAUUUGAUUUAUAAUAAAGUGCAACGCUACAAGUCAGCAGAGGUCAUGGUGGGAGAAUUGCUUGCCAAUCAUAAAUCCUACAUCUUAUAGUAAGACCUGGCUGUAGUUGAUCAUCCAUCACUUUCCUGGCCCUCUAAAUCAGUGAGCUGUGUUGUUGACUUUUUCAUAUACUCAUAUCAUUGGAGGCUGCUGAGGGGGGGACGGCUCAUAAUAAUGGCCGGAAAUGAGCAAAUGAAAUGGCAUCAAACAUAUGGAAACCAUGUGUUUGAUGCCAUUCCACUCAUUUCACUCCAGCCAUUACCACAAGCCUGUCCUCCCCAAUUAAGGAGCCACCAACCUCCUGUGACUCAUAUACUAUCUGUGUGUGUGUGUGUGUGUGUGUGUGUGUGUGUGUGUGUGUGUGUGUGUGUGUGUGUGUGUGUCAGGUUAAGUUGUAUAGCUACCCAGGUGCCUCUGGUACAGCUUUACCAGAACAGGACAGGCAGGGAGGCAGACAGGCAGCAGGAUCGAUGCUCUUAGCGUUCCCCUUCACACAGAAUCACCCUGCAUUCAUCAACAUCAGCCUACUGGGGCUCACAGCCACGCGCCACUCUCAUACACUAGUACACACUGCCCCCUGCUGGUAGACUCACAGACACAUUUCAUCCUGCACUGCUGCAGUCCAUCUUGAUCUCUGAAGGAGUUCAUAUAUCCAGAAGAGACUGGUGAAGGGAAAUAUCUUGGAACAGGCUCAUUGUAAUGGCAGGAAUGGAAAUGGAUUCACCUGUGUUUGAUACUGUUCCAUCCAUUCCAUUACAAUGAGUCCGUCCUCCAAUUUAAAAGUGACACCUGCCUCCACUGCAUAUACAGUAUCACAUAAUGGUUAUUGAUUGUUUACUGUCCACCAGGGUGGACCAACCAGGAGAUUACUGAGUCCUCCCAGCCACUAGAGGUCGCUGGGCUCAGCCUCAGACCACAGGGAAGGAAGUCCAUCGGUGAGCCAUAUGGGAGAGACUAUAAGGACACAGCUAUUCUUAAACCGACUAGCCAAAACCUAAAACUGACCCUAACCUUAACCUAAUUUGUAUAAAUUGUGAAAUAAAAUAUCGGUUUGUGUGUCAGGUGAGUCUUUAUAGCCUUUCCGAGCCAUACCCCUGGUCACAACAUGGAACUCUAUUCCACAUCAAGUAACUCAUGCAAGCAGUAAAAAUAGAUUUAAAAAACAGAUAAAAAUACACCUUAUCGAACAGCGUGGAAUGUGAAGAGACACACACAGGCACAGACACACGCAUGCACACACACCUAACAUACGCACUAUACACACACAUACACAUGGAUUUUGUGUUGUAGAUAUGUGGUAGUAGAGUAGAGGCCUGAGGGCACACACUUAAUAUGUUGUGAAAUCUGUUGUGAAAUGUCAUGUAAUGUUUUUAAUUGUAUAUAACUGCCUUAAUUUUGCUGGACCCCAGGAAGAGUAGCUGCUGCCUUGGCAGGAACUAAUGGGGAUCCUUAAUACAUAGAACUACUCCAUCAGUCACUCCUCCUCCUCCUUUACCUGGUCCUGAAGCAACCCUUAGUAGCCCUAGUUCUAUAACCUAGUCACAUCCUUAGUUUCUUCCUUCCCCUAUUCCUUUUCUCUAGCUCUUUCCCUUAAUUCCUUUCCCUAGACCCCCUAUCCCUAGCUCCUAACACCCCUUUCCCUAACCUCCCUAUGGCACAAGUGACAGUAACCCCACUAAAAAGCUUGGUGGAUCUAUUCCAAUAUUGCUUACACCUCCAUUCAUCCCCUUCAGAACUCCAAACCCUGGGGCUUGCUUUCUGACCAUGCAGCCUUUAGUAAUCAUUAGCAUGUAACCUGAGAAGCUAACUUAAACCUGCGCUUGUCUUUCAGGUGAAGUUGAGGCAGAGAGUGACGAUGAUGAUGAUGAUGACGAUGACUGUAAAAAGGGGUGCAUGGAUGAGGUAUAUGGCUUUCAAUACAUCUUCAUUCUUUCUCCUGCAUCCUCAGGUGUCUCUUGCUACAUGUAAUGUGUUCUUAGGCUGCCCCCUAGUGGAGAUUCAGAAACACACGUUAUUCUCGGGCUAUGUCUCAAUAGUCAAACAAGGAGGGGAGGGGAGGGGAGGGGAGGGGAGAGGAGAGGAGAGGAGAGGAGAGGAGAGGAGAGGAGAGGAGAGGAGAGGAGAGGAGAGGAGAGGAGGGGAGAGGAGAGGAGGGGAGGGGAGAGGAGAGGAGAGGAGAGGAGAGGAGAGGAGAGGAGAGGAGAGGAGGAUUCUCUUUCUGACUGUUGUGUGUUCCUCCUCCAGGGUACAGCGGGCAGCGAGGCAUUUGCCACAGAGGAGAUGUCCAACCUGGUCAGUUAUGUCCAGCCGGUCAAAUUUAACUCCUUCGAGGCCUCCAAAAGUAAGACCAUCACUCGUGACCACAACUCAACACCUGUUUAGACCACACUUCAAUAUUUAUUGCGAUUGUGAACCAUAUUUUGUGGCACUUUGAAUACACACCAACUCAAAUUAGUUGUUCUGUUCUCACAGAUUUACUGUUUAAAAUUCAGCUGCAUUUUAAAACAAAAAAAGAAUCAAUUCCAAAAGUUAUGCCAUUUUUAAAAUUUAUUUAUCAAUCAAUCAAUUGCUGUUGUUCCAGAGAUCAAUCGGAGCUAUCAGAUGUCAUCGUUUGUGGAGACCAAAGCCUUGGAGCAGCUCACCAAGUCACCUGUGGAGUUUGUCGAGUAUCCUUCCCACUCUAUGUGGAAUAUUUACUUCAAAUGUCUGUUCAAAUCUUUUCAUUUGUUGAAACUGUCUCGAGUGAAGAAGGACACCAAAAGCAACGUGAACUUGUAAAUCACCUUACCUGGUUAAGUAAAGGAAUCCAUGUAUUGUAAGUCCAGGAGCCUCAUUUAUCAAAGGUGCAUGCACACAAAAAAUACUCGUUUUCCACAAAGGGUAGUAUUUUUAGAUUUUGAACUUGACGGGAAAGUGUGCGUAUCUCCACGCAAAUCUCAGACCAUGCGUACGCUCAACUUCUAGUGGUUGAUCAACUGUAUGGCAAGCAAAUAUUGUUAUUUUGGGGGAAAUGGAGGUGUUUGAUGCACAGGAAUUUUAAUGCCAUUGGUUAGGAGAUUGCAUAGCAUCAUGUCGCCUAAUAUAUUUAUUUUGCUUUUAUUAUAUAGGUCUAAUUCAUAAUCAUAUUGCAGGGCUUGCCUCUCCUUUUCUGACAUGACUGGUUUAUUCCCGCUACAAAACAAAUAUUAGGCUACCAUUUGUCCAUCGCUUAUUCAACCUGUGAAUGUAUUGUAAUGUUUUUAAAAUUGUAUAACUGUCUUAAUUUUGCUGGACCCCAGGAAGAGUAGAUGCUGCCUUGGCAGCAGCUAAUGGGGAUCCAUAAUAAAUACAAAUACAAAUACAAAUAGCUAACUAUGCUCAAAGUGUUUAGCACGCCCUAUAGGCGGCAUGCCCAUACCUCUACAGAAAUGUGAUCAAACUGUCAUGACCUAGUUACAACAUCUUCAAAUCAUACUGCAAAUUACAGUGUUUUUGUUACCAUAAAAGGUGAUGGAGUGCAUUUUCCAGGCUGGGUUGUAACGCUUGUUCAUGAGCGUAGAAAUAUAGUAUGGCUCUGAUUUAUCAAUGAAAACAUGCGUAUAUAUUUAGUGCGACAGUUUGAUAAAUCCCAAUGAAUUGUUGCGCACGCAAAUCCUAGAAUCUCCACUUAGGCCAACAUUUUAUGAGAAAUGUAUGCAUGUUUGAUAAAAAAUGAGGCCCAAGGUGUCCUCUCCUUAACGGAGUGUGUCCAGGUAUAACAAGCUGCAGCUGAGUCGUAUCUACCCAAAAGGUACCAGAGUAGACUCCUCCAACUACAACCCUCAACUUUUCUGGAAUGCAGGCUGUCAACUGGUGGCCCUCAACUUCCAGACCAUAGGUAAGAACUACAUCAACACACACACACUAUUUUAUUAACGUGCUUUCUAUCUAUAUAUCUCUCAGAGCUGUUUACUGAGUAUGGGAAGGGCUGUGUGUACCUCUGUAUCUUUCUAACACCUCUCUCCCUUCUUCUCAUUUCCCCCCUCUCUCUACUCUCUCUCCCUCUCGCUCUCCCUCAAUCUCUCUCUCUCUCUCUCUCUCUCUCUCUCCGCUCUCUCCCCUCUCUCUCUCUCUCUCUUCCUCAGACCUGUCCAUGAUGUUGAACCUGGGUAUGUAUGAGUACAAUGGAAAGUGUGGUUACAGACUGAAACCAGAGUUCAUGAGACGACCAGACAAACACUUUGAUCCCUUUGCUGAGAGUACUGUGGACGGCAUCGUAGCCAACACAUUGUCUGUGAAGGUGUGUAUCUGUGUGGGUGCGUGUGUGUGCAUGCUUGUGUGUGUGCGUGAUCGCAUGUGCGUGUGUGUACGUAUGUGUAUGUGUGCACGGACUUUACAACGCUCACACUUAAUAUCUUAAUCUAUCUGUCUCCAGAUCAUCUCAGGCCAGUUCCUGACCGAUAAGAAGGUGGGGACGUAUGUGGAGAUAGACAUGUUUGGUCUGCCGGUGGACACCAGAAGGAAGGGUUUUAAGACCAAGACAUCUCAGGGCAACGCUGUCAACCCUGUCUGGGAGGAGGAGGCCUUUGUCCUCAAGAAGGUAAACCACAACGUAGCGCAGACUGUUAUGGGAUUUGUAGUUCUUUAAGAUCACCGAAGGUAAUGCUGUCAACAUUUUUAUAUAAUUUAUUUAUUUAUUUAUUUUUUCCGUCAUUUAGCAGACGCUCUUAUCCAGAGCGACUUACAAAUUGCAUUCACCUUAUGAAAGCCAGUGGGACAAUCACUUUACAAUAUUUUUUUUUUGGGGGGGGUUAGUUAACGUUAGCUCAACUGCUAACUACCUAGCCUAACUAGAGAAUCGUCUUGAAUCAUUUAACAUUUACAUUUUAGUCAUUUAGCAGACGCUCUUAUCCAGAGCGACUUACAGUUAGUUAGUGCAUACAUUAUUAUUUUUUCAUACCCCCUGUGGGAAUCGAACCCACAACCCUGGCGUUGCAAACGCCAUGCUCUAUCAACUGAGCUACAUCCCUGCCGGCCAUUCCCUCCCCUACCCUGGAUGACGCUGGGCCAAUUGCGCGCCGCCCCAUGGGUCUCCCGGUCGCGGCCAGCUACGACAGAGCCUGGAUUUGAACCAGGAUCUCUAGUGGCACAGCUAGACCACUGUGCCACUCGGGAGACUAGUUAACUAGACUAGUUAACUAGACUAGAGACUAGACUAGAGACUAGUUAACUAGACUAGUUAACGUGAACAUUAUCUGUGAGGAGGAGGCCUUGAUCUUCAAGAAUGCACACCAAUAGAGAUAUAUAAUGUUCUAUUGAAUUAUGUGUGUAAAUCAUUGUUUAAAACAUCAUAGAUCAAAGUGUUAUGGGAUUUGUAGUUAAUCAAAUAAAUCAAGACCUCCCAGAGUAAUCUGUCAAUAUUAUCUAGGAGGAGGAGGCUGUCGUUAUCGAAGUGUCUCCUUUCUUACGUGUGUGUGUCUGUGCAUCUGUGUGUGUGUGUGUGUGUGUGUGUCGUUCCGCAGGUGGUACUGCCCACUCUGGCCUCGAUGAGGAUAUCUGUGUUUGAGGAUGGAGGGAAGUUCAUUGGCCAUCGCAUCAUUCCUGUGAAUGCCAUCCGCCCAGGUGAGGCCUAUAGCCUGUUAGCCUGACUGACUACCAUUCUGGUCCAUUGUUCUGCUUGAGUGAUACUGUGUAAGCAGUCCUUGAACUUCUGAUCGCUGACCCCUGUGUGUGUGUGUGUGUGUGUGUGUGUGUGUGUUCCAGGUUACCACUACAUUGGUCUGAGGAAUGAGAAGAACCAGGCUCUGACCCUCCCUGCUCUGUUUGUCUAUGUAGAGGUCAAGGACUAUGUCCCUGAUACAUUCGCAGGUAUAGUGGCUGACAUACCUUACAGAAUACUGGUAUAUACAGUAACUAACCAUAGAGUUCUAACCAUGUUGAUAUUUCCACUGGCUUAUAUAACAUCAUCUAUGAUACAUUCUGUCCCCUUCCUCCCACUGAUCUCUUCCUCAGAUGUCAUCGAGGCGUUGUCCAAUCCCAUCCGUUACGUCAACCUGAUGGAGCAGAGAGCCAAUCAACUGGCAGCUCUCACUCUGGAGGAGGGGGCAGAGGAGGAGGACAGCAAAGAGGUGUGUUUGUAUUUGUCUGUGUGUGUGUGUUUGUGUUUGUGUGUGUGUGUGUUUGUGAGUGUUUGUGCCUGUGUGCGUGCGUGGGUGCCUGUGUUCGUGAAUGUGUAUGCCUGUUUGUGUGUGUGUGUGUGUGUGUGUCAUCCCCACACUAAUCGACCAGUAACAGAUCAAUGAGCAUCUCCCCAGGCAGUAGGCCUCUCUUUGGGUUAGAGCUAUUGACCAGGGGUUAGGAACUGAGGCCUGUCGCUUUGUGAAGAGAUUAUUGGGUUUUUGCUAUAGACCAGGGGUUAGGAACUGAGGUGUGAGGGUUAUGAGGUGAGGGACGGUGGAUGGGGGAGACAGUCAAUGGAGAGCUUGUACAUGCUGACACCAUGGCAACGGUCGCCUAGUGAGUUAGUGGGCUUUCUGCUGGAGUGUCAGAGACAGAGGGAAAGAGAGAUUAGAAAGAAGAGGAGAGCAGAGGAAAACAGACUUUAUUUUCCUGUCCAGAACAGGCUCAGGGAGGGAGGACUCAGUAACAGGUGGUUUAACUGAAUAAUAUUUCAAAGAAAUACACGCCAAGUACUACAACAAGUCAGGGUUGGAAAGAACCUAGAGAGAACGUUGGGAGAACCAUGAGGAAGCGUUUGGAGAACGUAGUAGAGAGCGUUAGGAGAACUUCAAGAGAACAUUGAGACAACGUAAGGAGAACAUUGGCUAAAUGUUAGUGAAACUUUAGAGAGUGUGGUCAGUGUGACUCUGAUCUGAGCCAUGCUGAGAGUGGGGUACCAAAGCUAUGUCUACAAGGUUUCCAACAGGCUGCAGGUAUUCUCUGUGUGUGUGGUGAGUUGAUUGUGGUGUCGUAUAUUUGAUGUACAGUAGCUUGUUUGUAAUAGAGUCAUGGAAUCUUAUGGUUGUACUCUCAUCUCAUUGCAUAGGCCGCAAAAACAUAGAGCAGAACUAUGUAUGUGUGAUAUACAGUACAUUGGGCAGAUGCUUACACUCUAGACAGAUGAUGUGCUAAGUCAAUUUGAACAGGACUGUGUGGACCUGAUAAAGUGCUUUGAGGCCCAGUACAAAGUGCCUGUAUCAGUAUCGCUGUCAAUGUAUUUGAUUGACAGGUGGAGGCUGCUGGUGAUGACCCCAUGGAGCCAGACCCCCGGGUGACCCUGCCAGCAGAGAACGGGGUCAGCCACGCUCCCAUCAUCUCCUCCAAACCCCCCAGCCUGGUCAGCCACCAGCCACAGCCCACAGGUACUGGUCAAAUCUCCACUUGAACUUACAGUAAUAAUAAUAAUGAUUUCUAUUAUGAAAAGAGCAAUAGAAGUUUAAUAAAAAGCACUUCAUAAGGAAAAAACAAACAAACAAGCAAUAUACACUACAUGGCCAAAAGUAUGUGGACACCUGAACAUCUCAUUCCAAAAUCAUGGGCAUUAAUAUGGAGUUGGUCCUCCCUUUGCUGCUAUAACAGCCUCCACUCUUCUGGGAAGGCUUUCCACUAGAUGUUUGAACAUUGUUGCGGGGACUUGCUUCCAUUCAGCCACAAGCAUUAGUGAGGCAGGUACUGAUGUUGGGCGAUUAGGCCUGGCUUGCAGUCAGCAUUCAUCCCAAAGUUGUUAGAUGGGGUUAAGGUCAGGGCUCUGUGCAGACCAGUCAAGUUCUUCCACACCGAUCUCGACAAAUCAUUUCUGUAUGGACCUCUGUAUGGACCACCACAAUGCUUGGCAUUGUGCAUGGUGAUCUUAGGCUUGUGUGCAGCUGUUCAGCCAUGGAAACCCAUUUCAUUAAGCUCCCGAUUAACAGUUAUUGUGCUGAAGUUGCUUCCAGAGGCAGUUUGGAACUCGGUAGUGAGUGUUGCAACCGAGGACAGACCAUUUUUAUGCGCUACCUGCUUCAGCACUCGGCAGUUCCGUUCUGUGAGCUUGUGUGGCCUACCACUUCGCGGCUGAGCCAUUGUUGCUCCUAGACGUUUCCACUUCACCUUAACAGAACUUACAGUGGACCGGGGCAGCUCUAGCAGGGCAGAAAUUUGACGAACUGACUUGUUGGAAAGGUGGCAUCCUAUGACGGUGCCAUGUUGAAAGUCACUGAGCUCAUCAAUAAGGCCAUUCUACUGCCAAUGUUUGUUUAUGGAGAUUGCAUGGCUGCAUGGCUGUCAGCAACGGGUGUGGCUGAAAUAGCCAAAUCCACUAAUUUGAAGAGGUGUCCACUUACUUCUAGCCAUGUAGUGUAUAAUGACAGUGACUCCAAUAUGGCAACCAGUAAACUUUCAUUUGGCAGUCCACAACACAUUUACGACCCACUUGGGUUGCCAGAUAUAACCUGCCAAAACCCGCACUAACAGGUGUAUAUUGUUUAUCAGGUUCAGUGAAAACUGCAGUGAAGACUGAGGACAUCAUUCAGAGUGUUCUCACAGGUAAGACUGGAGUAGGACUCAGUAACAAGCUAAGUGAACACGUGUGGUCAUUUGUCUAUCUAUACAUGACACCAAUCUGAAACAUCACGGAAUUGUGCACCCUAUCUGUAAAGGAGCAAAAACUGACAGGUAGAAAGUAAUUGAUCAAAAUACACAAUGUCAUCACUCCAAAGAACCUAAAUCAAACAGAAACAAGGAAAAGGGAAAGGAAGGAAGGAAGGAGCCGAAAAAAAGAAGGACAAGAAAGAAAGAAAGAAGAAAGAAAGAAAGAAGAAAGAAAGAACGAGGAGCACUCAAAAGCGAAAAAGCAAGAAAGAAAGAAAGAUCAUCCUCCCCCUCAAAGACUUUCUCCCCUCUCCCCCCUCCCUCCUCCCAAAAAGAGAAGAAGCCCCCUCUCCUAAGAUCCACAUCCCCCCCAAGGAUCCCCCUCGAAAGAAGGACCAACUCCCUCACUCCCUCAAAAAAGAGAAGGAUCUCCUCCUCCUCCCACCUCCUCCCUAUCUUCCUCCCCCUCCUAUUUCCACAUUCCCUCACUCUUUCCUCCCCUCUCCUUAUCUCCCUCCUCCCUCCCUCACUCUUUCCUCCCCCUCUCCCUAUCUCCAUCCAUCCCUCUUUCCCUUCUUUCCAUCCCUCCUUCCUCCAGAGAUGGUGGCCCAGACGGUAGAGGAGUUGAAACAGCAGAAGGGCUUUGUUAGGGAGCAGAGGAAGCAGUAUAAAGAGAUGAAGGAGUUAGUAAGGAAACACCACCGUAAGACCAGCGAGCUGAUCAAGGAGCACACAGCCAGGGCUGCAGAGCUGCAGAACCAGCACCAGCGCAGGCACUCCGCGCUGCAGAAGAGCCACAAACGAGAUGGUAAGAAAAGGUAGGUAGCCCUGCUCUCCUCUUCCUCUUAGUCCUCCUCCCUGUAUCCCUCCAUUCCUCUCACUAUGUGUCUCGCUCUAUGUCUCUUUGUCUGUCUGUCUGUCUCUUGCUCUUUCUCCAUUCAUGUUGUUUUCUCUCUUCCAUCUGCAUGCUCAUUGGCUAGAGCCUUCCACAGGCCACAGAUAACACUCUGUGUGUGUGUGUGUGUGUGUGUGUGUGUCUGUCUGUCUGUGUGUGUGUGUAUGCAUUGAGCGUGUGUGUGUGUAUGUUUGUUAACACGUAUCUACCUGCAUGUGUGUGCUAACCUCAGUGUGUACUGUGUGUGUGUUUGUGUGUGUGUGUGUGUGUGUUUAGCAGGUUGGAGCAGUCCCUGUCGACACUGGAGCAGGAGCUGUGUGUGUUGGACCAGGAGUCCAGUCAGAGACUGUCUGAGCUGAAGGAGAAGCAGCAACAACAGCUACUCACGCUGAGACAGGAGCAGUAUUACAGCCAGAAGUACCAGAAGAAAGAGCACAUCAAAAUGGUACAGGCACACACACACACACACACAUACACACACACACACACACCUAACCCUACCUUCAUCCAGAGUUAUACUAGAGACCAGAGUACCUAACUACAUACAGUAGAUGUAUUAUUUGCAUUGAAUCAGAAUUAACCCUCAACUCAGUAUAACACUCGCAUUGGCUUGUGUUUAAUGACUGGGCUCCCUCUGGGCUUUAUGGCCAAACUCACUCUGUUGUGCUGACCUUAGAUCAGUGUAAAGAUCUCCCAGUGCUCCUCUACUGCUAUGGGAGAUGGAAAGGCUGAGUGUAGUAACUGAUCUGUGUACAGUUUGUGUGAAUGAGGUGUCAGGGUUUAUCCAUGAGGAAUAGAACCAUACUGACUGGACCAAUUAUAUUCUCCAAUGUCAACAGAUAAGUCAUGCCUGAGUUAAACAGAAAGCAUGAGUCAGCUAUCAUAUGCUAUGAGGCAGACAAACUGUAGGAUAACCAGUGUUAUUUUUCCUGUGUAUCUCUAGCUGGUGGAGAAGUUGACAACCAUAGCCGAAGAGUGUCAGAGUGCCCAGAUGAAGAAGAUCAGAGACAUCAGUGACAAGUAAGAAAGCGCACACACACACACAAGAAGCUCAUGUAUGCAUGUAUUUCAUGGGCUGUUUGUUUCACUAUCCUCCUAUUUUUCCAAAGGGAAAAGAAAGACCUAAAGAAGAAGAUGGACAAGAAAAGACAGGAGAAGAUUAAUGAAGCAAAGGCCAACAACAAGAACGUGACAGAAGAGUAA